AUGAUAUUUCACCCAGGUCUGGACCUGUCCACCUGUCGAGUGAAAGAUUAUUCACUGUUCCGACUCUGACUAACUGUGUUGGCAUGAUACAGUUACGGUAGAUUAGCUUACAGUCAUUCAUUGUAUGAAGAUGAAAAAGUGCUGUAAUACAGAAAAGGUAUUACCUGACAUGACCCUAAUGUUGUUAAUGAUUACAUAGGAGGCUUGCUCUUGGUUGAACUGUAUCAGUUAUCUCAGAAGCUUUAAAAAGAUCACUAGAAUGAUUGGAUAGGAGGCUUAUUGUUAGUUUGAAGCUUUUAAAAUGUCACUGUCUCUAUACUGUUGUCUCCACCUAACACUCACACACACAUGCACGCAUGUGCGCGCGCGCGCACACACACGCCACACACACACACACUAUCAUGAGUCAGUCUACCAAUGCUGGUAAAUGGCACUCAUACUGUAUCUAGAAGCAAAUCAGCGGUUUAUGACUUGGUUGGUUAUGACUUGGGUAUGACUUGUGGGUGAAGACUGUUGCUGCCCCAUUGAAAAUUCAACUGGAAUAAUAUCUAUUUUACAGUGUGUUGUGCUGUUCGUUGUGCCUUUUGUUUGUCCUCAAUGCAAAGACUCAACAUGACCGCUGUGUAAUGUGGAGCUACUUCUUUUACCACUUCUCUAUUGAACUUACUGUAGGCUAAGCAUUGACCUAAAUAUUUAUCUGGCAAAUGAGAUAGAGUUGUGAAAAUGGGAACUGUUAGUUUUGCUGAUAAGACAACUGUUUCUUUGCGUCUACGCCACUUCCUGUAACACGUGACCCGUCACAUGAUAUACAGCCCAUUCCAGUUUCAGUUACCCUGAGCUGUGUUUUAAUACAUUAUAGUGAUGAUUAAUCAGUCAACACAUGCACGCAGGGACACAUGCACCAUCUUUCUCUGAGUGUCUUUCUAAACACCUUUCAUGUUAAUUGGCUAUCAUUCUGCUGAUUCCACACUGAAGCAGCAACAUUCUAGAAGCUUCAGUCUACAUCUAGAAUGUCAACAAAGUUCUUUCUCACUGACUCCCUAUUAAAUAAUAGAUAGAUAGAUAGAUAGAUAGAUUAGGCCACAGAAGCAUGUUUUUAUUCUCUUACUCCUGGAGUAGAGAGAGACAGAGAGAGAGACAGAGAGAGAGACAGAGAGAGAGACAGAGAGAGAGACAGAGAGAGACAGAGAGAGAGACAGAGAGAGAGACAGAGAGAGAGACAGAGAGAGAGACCGAGAGCGAGACCGAGAGAGAGACCGAGAGAGGGAGAGGGAGAGGGAGAGGGAGAGAGUGAGAACGGCAUUAUCUCUCUAUGCGGAUUAGCGACGGGCGCUAGCAGGAUGUACCCCCCACACACACACACAAACAGUCACAAACAGCCCUAGGUUAUUUACCCAGCUAGAAGGGAUUUGACACGCUAUAACUAUUUUUCCCAGACUCCUUAUGUCUCGCUCUCAAUUCAAUUAAAUUCAAGGGGCUUUAUUGGCAUUGGAAACGUGUUUACAUUGAAAGCAAGUGAAAUAAACAAUAAAUAAAAGUGAUAAGAAACAAAUUUAACAACAACUACUAGAAAAAACUACUAGAAAUGAACAGGAGGGUUGAGCAGGCUGAAUCAGGAGAUCGGAGGGAGAAGGAUUUAGCAGAGGGAAGAGAUGAUAUGAUGGAAGAGGAGUGAGUAGCGGGAGAGAGAGAGCGAAGGUUGCGACGGCACAUUACCAUCUGAGUAGGGGCAGAGUGAGUAGUGUUGGAGGAGAGCGAGAGAGAAAAGGAUACAAAGUAGUGGUCGGAGACUUGGAGGGGAGUUGCAGUGAGAUUAGUAGAAGAACAGCAUCUAGUAAAGAUGUGGUCAAGCGUAUUGCCUGCCUUGUGAGUAGGGGGGGACGGUGAGAGGGUGAGGUCAAAAGAGGAAAGGAGUGGAAAGAAGAAGGCAGAGAGAAAUGAGUCAAAGGCAGACGUAGGGAGGUUAAAGUCACCCAGAACUGUGAGGGGUGAGCCAUCCUCAGGAAAGGAACUUAUCAAGGCGUCAAGCUCAUUGAUGAACUCUCCAAGGGAACCUGGAGGGCGAUAAAUGACAAGGAUGUUAAGCUUGAAUGGGCUAGUGACUGUGACAGCAUGGAAUUCAAAUGAGGAGAUAGACAGAUGGGUCAGGGGGAAAAGAGAGAAUGUCCACUUGGGAGAGAUGAGGAUUCCUGUGCCACCGCCGCGCUGACCUGAUGCUCGCGGGGUAUGCGAGAACACAUGGUUAGACGAGGAAAGAGCAGUAGGAGUAGCAGUGUUUUCUGUGGUAAUCCAUGUUUCCGUCAGCGCCAAGAAGUCGAGGGACUGGAGGGUAGCAUAGGCUGAGAUGAAUUCUGCCUUGUUGGCCGCAGAACAGCAGUUCCAGAGGCUGCCAGAGACCUGGAACUCCACGUGGGUCGUGCGCGCAGGGACCACCAGAUUAGAGUGGCAACAGCCACGUAGUGUGAAGCAUUUGUAUGGCCUGUGCAGAGAGGAGAGAACAGGGAUAGACAGACACAUAGUUGAAAGGCUACAGAAAAAGGCUACAAUAAUGCAAAGGAGAUCGGAAUGAAAUGAACUAAACAUCUGGGAAAGCGAGAGAGUGGGGCCUCCCUCACUUACCUUUCAAGGAAAAAACUGAAAUAAAACUCUCCCAACUUCACUUUAGAAAUUAUAAUUGUUGUAAACUACAGCGGUUCAAUGUUUUCUAGGAAUAGACUCUAACUUAGUUUAUUCAGCUAGCUAACUUGGUACAGUAUUCUUCCGCGAAAACCAUCCAGGGCACCAAAUCCUAUGACGCCAAAGCCAACUAGCAUGCCAGCCUCCAAUGACACGGUUUAGCACCAAUACUCGGUUACAACAAACCAGUGUGUUAACACGCCAAGCAGAUCAUUUGUGUCCGUGUCUAACGUUGUGUAAAGUUUUGGGUUAGUUUUGACAGUUUGAGUGAGUACGUCGUCAACUUAUUCAGCCAGUUAGUUAGCUAGAAUAGUUAGCAUACUAGCUAGCCAUUGCUAUCUGCCAACGAACCAACCCCUCCCACAGCACGAACACACAGAGAGCCAAGCUAACGUUAACUAGUCACCCAUGUCCCGAAUUCCCUUGAACAACUCUGGUUACCAGUAUGUAAAAACAAAACAGAAAUAAAAAUGUAGGUUAUAACUUACUUUUAGUAGCUACUGUUAGCCAGUUAAGUGCAAAGCUAGCCACUGAAUCGAUUCAGCCAGUUAGCGUCUGUCCCAAUGAUAUUAAAGCUAGGUCGUUCCAGCUAUUGUUUAGUUAGCUAUCCAGGUAGCAACAAGCUAGCUACAUUUCGAGUACAGUAGCUACUAACUACCUAACGUUAACGCUUCAGAUAAUGAGGUUAGAAAGACAGCUGAAUGGUAGGUAGCUAGCUGGCAUAAUUACAGGUACUCUUAAGCGUGAAAUAACAUUGGAAACAACUAUCCACAGUUGCUAAUAGUUACCAGUAGCUACCCGCUAGCUAGCUAGCUUUAUUGGUCCAGGUAGUGAGUUAGCUAGCCUCGUGAUUCACCGGGCUCAGCCGAAUACAAUAAUUACCUACAAUAACCUACAAUAACUACCUAGAUAAACUACCUACAAUACCUAACUACAAUACCUACCUACCUACAAUCUAAAUACAUGGUUUAAGCUUUACUCGAUACCAUAUAAACCAAGCUUACCUCAGUGUAUUGGAAAGUUCUCCUGCAACAGGGUGAUCAAAUUAAGAUCCUACAUCUGGAGGAGUUGGCGAUACAGUACUAACAGAUGUCGGACUUAGGCUACUGGGAUACACAUUUAGCAAUUCCCAGGAUGUUAUUGUCGGGUAUAAUUCUUCCUCAAUGACUUACGGUGAGGGAAAAAAGUAUUUAAUCCCCUGCUGAUUUUUUACGUUUGCCCACUGACAAAGACAUGAUCAGUCUAUAAUUUUAAUUGUAGGUUUAUGUGAACAGUGAGAGACAGAAUAACAGUAUUUGACCCCUCUGCAAAACAUGACUUAGUACUUAUUAUUAUUAUUAUUAUAGUACUUGGUGGCAAAACCCUUGUUGGCAAUCACAGAGGUCAGACGUUUCUUGUAGUUGGCCACCAGGUUUGCACACAUCUCAGGAGGGAUUUUGUCCCACUCCUCUUUGCAGAUCUUCUCCAAGUCAUUAAGGUCUCGAGGCUGACGUUUGGCAACUCGAACCUUCAGCUCCCUCCACAUAUUUUCUAUGGGAUUAAGGUCUGGAGACUGGCUAGGCCACUCCAGGACCUUAAUGUGCUUCUUCUUGAGCCACUCCUUUGUUGCCUUGGCCGUGGGUUUUGGGUCAUUGUCAUGCUGGAAUAACCAUCCACGACCCAUUUUCAAUGCCCUGGCUGAGGGAAGGAGGUUCUCACCCAAGAUUUGACGGUACAUGGCCCCGUCCAUCGUCCCUUUGAUGCGGUGAAGUUGUCCUGUCCCCUUAGCAGAAAAACACCCCCAAAGCAUAAUGUUUCCACCUCCAUGUUUGACGGUGGGGAUGGUGUUAUUGGGGUCAUAUGCAGCAUUCCUCCUCCUCCAAACACGGCGAGUUGAGUUGAUGCCAAAGAGCUCGAUUUUGGUCUCAUCUGACCACAACACUUUCACCCAGUUCUCCUCUGAAUCAUUCAGAUGUUCAUUGGCAAACUUCAGACGGCCCUGUAUAUGUGCUUUCUUGAGCAGGGGGACCUUGCGGGCGCUGCAGGAUUUCAGUCCUUCACAGCGUAGUGUGUUACCAAUUCUUUUCUUGGUGACUAUGGUCCCAGCUGCCUUGAGAUCAUUGACAAGAUCCUCCCGUGUAGUUCUGGGCUGAUUCCUCACCGUUCUCAUGAUCAUUGCAACUGCACGAGGUGAGAUCUUCCAUGGAGCCCCAGGCUGAGGGGGAUUGACAGUUAUUUUGCGAAUAAUCGCACCAACUGUUGUCACCUUCUCACCAUGCUGCUUGGUGAUGGUCUUGUAGCCCAUUCCAGCCUUGUGUAGGUCUACAAUCCUGUCCCUGACAUCCUUGGAGAGCUCUUUGGUCUUGGCCAUGGUGGAGAGUUUGGAAUCUGAUUGAUUGAUUGCUUCUGUGGACAGGUGUCUUUUAUACAGGUAACAAACUGAGAUUAGGAGCACUCCCUUUAAGAGUGUGCUCCUAAUCUCAGCUCGUUACCUGUAUAAAAGACACCUGGGAGCCAGAAAUCUUUCUGAUUGAGAGGGGGUCAAAUACUUAUUUCCCUCAUUAAAAUGCAAAUCAAUUUAUAACAUUUUUUACAUGCGUUUUUCUGGAUUUUUUUGUUGUUAUUUUGUCUCUCACUGUUCAAAUAAACGUACCAUUAAAGUUAUAGACUGAUAAUUUCUUUGUCAGUGGGCAAACGUACAAAAUCAGCAGGGGAUCAAAUACUUUUUUCCCUCACUGUACAUUCCUGGAUAAAUAAAUGAUGGAUAAAAGGAUGUAUGUCUGUGGUCUCUAUCUAUCUAUCUAUCUAUCUAUCUAUCUAUCUAUAUCUCUAUCUCUAUCUCUAUCUCUAUCUCUAUCUCUCUCUCUCUCUCUCUCUCUCUCUCUCUCUCUCUCUCUCUCCCUCUCUCUCUAUCUCUCUCUCUCCUCUCUCUCUCUCUCUCUCUCUCUCUCUCUCUCUCUCUCUCUCUCUCUCUCGUCUGUCUGUCUGUCUGUCUGUCUGUCUGUCUGUCUGUCUGUUUCCCUCCCUCAUUUGUUCCUCUCCUUGAAGACAUGGCUAGUGAUUGUUUGUUGUUGACACUGACAGUAUUGCCUGGAUGCAAGUCUCAACAAGUAGAAAACACAGUCAUCUCUGCCAAACUGAUAGUGUGGUAUUCACAUUAAACCCUAAUAGUUGCACAACAUGCUUUGUCUAACAGACGGUUAGGAAUUUGUAAUACACUGUUGUUGAUAUGAGAUGUGGCUCAGUCUGUGUGUGUGUGCCUGCCUGUAUGUGUGUAAGUGCGUAGGUUUAUGCAUGUGUGCAUGCGCGUGUGUGUGACAGGCAGGUCUAAGCUAGGUUUGAAUGGCGGGAACCCGGUUACCGAGAUUUACCGCCCAAAAUCACUCUCUUUUCCCGUAAUAAAUAACUGCGAGAAACCGGUAAAUUAGAAAUAAAUUAUUUGUAUGAACAGCAUGGCGUGAAAUGGAACUGUUAAAUUAUAUGCAAUGUCUAAAUCUGGCUUCUCUACGGCCUCUGCAUGCUGAAUCAACGCUCAGGGUGGGGACAGACCAUCUCAGUAUGGAGCGCACUUCACAAUGCAUGUAGACCUAUCAUCUCAUCAUGGUUACUUUUUUUCUUGUGACAGGUAGGCCUACAUUUGCAUAGCCUAUGCUGCAGUAAGAUAAUGGCCGAAUGCGCGUCUAAUUUACCCAUCUCCACGUGGCUUUUGGGGGUCACCUUAUUUUUCAAUUGUAAAGAUGAUAUUUUUUUUCUUGCAGCUGCAGAGUUUUAUAACACUCCUAUAUUGUUGCUUUAAAUCAGUGCACGAGCAAGUACUCUCUCGCAGUCUUUCUCUCUCUCCAUCAAUUCCAGUCAAAUUGCAUCCAAAAUGGGUAAUCCUGUUCAAGAUUGAUAUAUAGUGCAUUUGGAAAGUAUUCAGACCCUUUCACUUUUUCCACAUUUUGUUACAUUACAGCCUUAUUCUAAAAUGUAUUUUUUAAAAAUAUGUUCUCAUCAAUAUACACACAAUACCCCACAAUGACAAAGCAAAAACAGGUUUUUAUACAUUUUUGCAAAUUUAUAAAAUUAAAUUAAACUUCAAAUUUACAUAAGUAUUCAGACCCUUUAUUCAGUACUUUAUUGAAACACCUUUUGCAGCGAUUACAGCCUUGAGUCUUCUUGGGUAUGACGCUACAAGCUUGGUACACCUGUAUUUGCGGAGUUUCUCCCAUUCUUCUCUGCAGAUCCUCUCAAGCUCUGUCAGGUUGGAUGGGGAGCAUCGCUGCACAGCUAUUUUCAGGUCUCUCCACAGAUGUUUGAUCGGGUUCAAGCUCUGGCUGGGCCACUCCUGCGUUGUGUUGGCUGUGUGCUUAGGGUCGUUGUCCUGUUGGAAGGUGAACCUUCACCUUAGCAAAAAUGUAUACAAAUUUGUUUUUGCUUUGUCAUUAUGGGGUAUUGUGUGUAGAUUGAUGAGGAACAUGUUUUAUUUAAUCCAUUUUAGAGUAAGGCUGUAACGUAACAAAAUGUGGAAAAAGUCAAGGGGAAUACUUUCCGAAUGCACUGUAUAGGCCUAUAUAUAGAUGUCCUAGCCCACCUCUUUCAGGUAAUAAACUCAAUGUCAUAUUAGCCUUAUAUUUAGCUAAUGAAUGAUGGGUUAUGCAUAAUAAGCUUCUAACUUAUAGCCUCUGUCUCUUGCGCAAUAAGCACGCACCUGUGCUCCACUGGCCUCUCCUUUAAAAAACGCUCCUUCACUCUUGGAGUCCCAUGCAGGAAACGCUAGACUAGAAUACCUUGCUGGACAUUAUUUUUUUAGCAUUUCUAAUGUUCAAUAGACUAUUCGAAGAGGAACACAAGCUCUUGUUUGCUGAAUGAAAAUACAGCAGCCAACAGAACUCACGUGUAGUUUGAAAGAAGAGCAAAUGCACGAUGGCGGUGGGCUAUAGCAGUUAUUUAUUCAGAUCCGUAACCAAAGCCUUCUGCAUCUCAUUCUAGUCCUAUAUUAUUCAAGCGUGUCAUUAGAAUGAUGAAGAUAAGGACAACAAAACGUAUUUCAUUUAACUGUUGGAAGCGAGGAAGGAAUGAAGCAACAAUAGAGAGAGAAAGAGGAGGUAGACUAAUAACAUUAGGGGAAAUAUUAUGAAAAAUUCAAAUUAAAUUCGCUAGCCUAUACUUGUAACUUUGUAGGCUGCAUGUGCUGCACCAGAAUCACAUGAAUCACAUGUUCUCUCCCUGUAAUUCCAGUCCAAUAACACAGUAUAACACAAUACAGUACAGUAAUACAGUUCACACUCAAAAAGAUUAGCCUACUGGAGCUAGUUUCAUGUAUUUACCAAGAGAGCAUUUAGCUAGCUACGGGCUUUUAUGUUUUUCUGUGUUGUGUAAUGUGCAGUAGCCUAUAUCAUAUAGCCUAUGUAUUGGAUAACAAUCAUUUUGGCUUUUUUGAGCUUGGGCUCAUUAAAUGUCUUUAAUGUAGGGCUCAUAAAAUGUAUUUAAUCAGGCUCAGGUUGCAUCAGGCUUGAAUUUUUGAUCAAAGCUCUAAUCAAAUCCAGACAUAGGCCUAUUUAUAUACUAUAUAAUGCUUUUAAAUGACACUUCCGGUUUUGAUGGGAAAUACCGGGUUACCUGGGAGAAAAGUGAUUUAUUCUCCGGAUGGAACAUUUGUAAAAUAACGGGAAAAUAUUCAACCCUAGUCUGAGCAUGAUCUCUUGGGUGGUGUGAAGGGUAGUUCCUCUACUAUAACUAAUGGUGUCCUUAGCUAGCCUCUACACACACGCACACACAUACACACAAACACACACACACACACACACACACACACACACACACACACACAUACUUCACUGCCUCAACAUACUAUGCUGACAGCCUGACAGGUCUGCUCCAGUCAUAACAUAUGAAUUGUGACUCAGCUCAGCUGUAGAAAACAGAGUGGAGACAGACAUACAGACAUAUAGUCUUGGGGGCCUUGUCCCCACAUUAACCCCUAGAAUGCAUGUACUACUUGUGUCCAUCUCUUGCAACAAAAUAUUCACUCUCGCUCUCUCCCUCUGUCUUUGUCUCUCUCAAACACGCACUCAUUUUGUUUUUAGUUUCGUUCUAGGCAACAUGUUGGUUUAAGAAACCUGACGGUUUCAGUUCCCUCACAGUUCAAAUCUGGUUAAUACAGCUGCACUGUAGACCUACUUCUUCUCAUUGUGUGUGUGUGUCAUUUCUGCCGCUGCCUCCCUCAUCUGCACAGAGGAACACACACACACACACACACACACACAUACACCCUUUUCCCUCGCUCACACACCCCCCCCCCCCCUCUCUCCUCUCUCUCUCUCUCUCUCUCUCUCUCUCUCUCUCUCUCUCUCUCUCUCUCUCUCUCUCUCUCUCUCUCUCUCUCUCUCUCUCUCUCUCUCUCUCUCUCUCUCUCUCUCUCUCUCUCUCUCUCUCUCUGAAAGGGCUUCCUCCACCAUCAGUAGCUGUACUAAAUGGCCUGUGAUGCUGAACGGGCUGCGUUCAUGUGUAACGCUCUGCAUCACCGUUCUCCUCCUGUUACAUGCACCGUUCAACACUGUUCGCUGCAGGCCCGAGCAACACUUCUAACUGCUAACGUCGGAACUAUUUAUUCACUCUGUGUGUGUGUGUGUGUGUAUGUGUUCGCCUAAUAGAGAGAGAGGGACGCCGCAUUGCCUUGUACCUCAAGAGAAAACGUUUUCUGUCUAGAAAAACCUGAUGCAGUCAAACUGAAUGUUUUAGGUUGCUCAGUGUUUUUUGCUCUUAAACAACUGUGUUUUUUUGAAGUUUAUUUUUCAACUCACUUAAAUACGUUUAACAGUUAUUUGAAGUUGACACUAUACAUUCAACUGAAUGUAAUUGAGGUUCAGAUGCUCAAAGGGUUGUGAAAGACUUGAGCCAACAUGGUUCUCCAGUUCCCUUAUUACCAUUGGAUUACAGGGUAUCUGUACAGGCUACUGUACAAUGGGACCUUUCAUCGGAUCGCUCUUUACAGUGUUUUGGAUUUACUUACCUGAUCUAAUCCUCUGGUAAUGUGUAGAGGUGUAAAAGCCACCUGGGUGGUGAAGCUCGGUGGCCAUUUUGGUCCGUACAGUAGGACUCACCUUACGUAAGCUAAUGUGAUGGAGCCACAAGGAGAUUAGUCGCAUGACCUUGCUGAUUGACAUGAGAGCCAUCAGUGGUGAUUGCUGUGACGCAAGUGGAAAAAAUGGUUGAUGUGAUGGGUUUGGAAAUAAGUAUUGUGUUGUUGUAGACGUUAUUGAUUGUUGCACAUAUACAGUUACAGUGUACACACACACACACACACACACACACACACACACACACACACACACACACACACACACACACACUCGUCCUUGAAUGUCUUUGUCUGUCUGUUUGUCUGACUAGGGGUAAUUACAUCUGAACGCAGUAGAGGUGCAUGGGUAAAAUCACUGGGGAAGCCAAGCCAGAAAUAAAUGCCAUAUUACAACCUAUGUGUUGUGAUAAUUGCGUUGUUCGCUCUAUAAUCGGUUAGUUCAUAUGCCUUGAUAACGUGAUAUACAGUGCUAUGAAAAAGUAUUUGCCCCCUUUCUAAUAAAUGGGACCCUUCUCAUCCAAAAAGUUGAUUCAAGUUUGCCAAAAAGCACCUGGAUGAUCAUCAAGACUCUUGGAAGAACGUUCUAUGGACAGAUGAUUCAAAAGUAUAACUUUUCGACGACAUGGUUCCAGUAAUGCCUGGCGAAAUCCAAACUCUGCAUUCCACAGUAAGAACAUCAUACCAAAGGUCAAGCAUGGUGGUGGUGGUGUGAUGGUUUGGGGAUGCUUUGCUGCCUCAGGACCUGGACGACUUGCCUUAAUAGAGGGAACCAUAAAUUCUGCUCUGUAUCAGAGAAUUCUACAGGAGAAUGUCAGACCAUCCGUCUGUGAGCUGAAGCUGAAGCGCAGCUGGGUCAUGCAGCAAGACAAUGAUCCAAAACACACAAUCAAGUCUACAUGAAAAUUGCUAAAAAGCAACAAAUUGGAAGUUUUGGAAUGGCCUAGUCAAAGUCCAGACCUAAUCCCAAUUGAGUUGUUGUGGCAGGACUUGAAACGAGCAGUUCAUGCUUGAAAACCCACACAUCACUGAGUUAAAGCAGUUCUGCAUGGAAGAGUGGGCCAAAAUUCCAACACAGCGAUGUGAGAGACUGAUCAACAACUACAGGAAGCAUUUGGUUGGAGUCAUUGCAGCUAAAGGUGGCACAACCAGUUAUUGAGUGUAAGGGGGCAAUUACUUUUUCACACAGGGGAAUUGGGUGUUGCAUAACUUUGUUUAUGAAAUAAAUAUGUAAUUGUUGUGUUAUUUGUCCACUUAUGUUCCCUUUAUCUAAUAUUAGGUUUUGGUUGAAGAUCUGAUAACAUUCAGUAUCACAAAUAUGCAAAAGUAGAGAAAAUUAGAAAGGGGGCAAAUACUUUUUCAUAGCACUGUAUAGGCCUAAGGCCGAGACAAUAAGACACAGUGGCAGAAUAAAUUCAACCACACCUUUGUUUCAUCACAAAACGGGAGAGCAACCUCUGUCCGGUGAGGUCCACAAAGCAUUUUGCGUGUAACAAACAGUAAUAUGACCUACAGCAUGGUCAAGCAAGUUAAUGCUUCUGACAUUUUCAGACCAGUAAACAACUAUUGAUUUAGAACCACUGAGAAUUACCGCAAGUCGCAAAAAAAAACAGGAGCUGCCUCCACUAUUCCAGCACCAUUUCAACUUCAACAUUUCAACAUCAAAUCACCUAUGCUUAGUCUAAUACAGUGACAACUAAAAUAUACCAACAUUUAUUUAUUCCAAUCAACGUAAGCUACACUGAACAAAAAUAUAAACGCAACAUAUAAAGUGUUAGUAACAUGUUUCAUGAGCUGAAAUAAAAGAUCCCAGAAAUGUUUCCAUAUGCACAAAAAGCUUAUUUCUCUCAAACUGUGUGCACAAAUUUGUUUACAUCCCUUUUAGUGAGCAUUUCUCCUUUGGCCAAGCUAAUCCAUCCACCUGACAGGUGUAGCAUAUCAAGAAGCUGAUUAAACAGCAUGAUCAUUACACAGGUGCACCUUAUAAAAGGCCACUCUAAAAUGUGCAGUUUUGUCACACAACACAAUGCCACAGAUGGCUCAUGUUUUGAGGGAGCAUGCAAUUGGCAUGCUGACUGCAGGAAUGUCCACCAGAGCUAUUGCCAGAGAAUUUAAUGUUCUGAACCAAAGCUGAAAAUGUCCCUGUUCUUCCAUGGCCUGCAUACUCACCAGACAUGUCAUCCAUUGAGCAUGUUUGGGAUGCUCUGGAUUGACGUGUACGACAAGCUAUGGACAAUGAACACAAUUGCAUUUUAUCGAUUUCAAUUUGAAUGCACAGAGAUGCAGUGACGAGAUCCUGAGGCCCAUUGUCGUGCCAUUCAUCCGCUGUUAUCACCUCAUGUUUCAGCAUGACACUGCACAGCACCAUGUCGCAAGGGUCUGUACACAAUUCCUGGAAGCUGAAAGUGUCCCAGUUCUUCCAUGGCCUGCAUACUCACCAGACAUGUCACACGUCAGCAUUUUUGGGAUGCUCUGGAUCGACGUGUACGACAGCGUGUUCCAGUUCCCACCAAUAUUCAGCAACUUCGCUCAGCCAUUGAAGUGGAUUGGGACAACAUUCCACAGGCCACAAUCAACAGCCUGAUCAACUCUAUGCGUAGGAGAUGAUUCGCACUGCAUGAGGCAAAUGGUGGUCACACCAGAUACUGACUGGUUUUCUGAGCCACACCCCUACUUUUUUUUAAGGUAUCUGUGACCAACAGAUGCAUAUCUGUAUUCCCACUCAUGUGAAAUCCAUAGAUUAGGGCCUAAUGAAUUUAUUUCAAUUGAUUGUUUCGAUUUCCUUAUGUGAACACUAACUCAGUAAAAUCUUUGAAAUUGUUGCAUGUUGCGUUUAUAGUUUUGUUCAGUAUAUAAAUGAUGUGGCUGUCAAUGGUUCUGAUUUCUGUGUGGGUGUGGGUGUGUUUUGUGUGUGCGUGCACAUUCAUGCAAGUAGAAAAAACAUGUUGACUCACUCUACUUGUAGAGAAACGCCAAUGCCAUCCUCCUCUCUUUAAUGUUGAAGAAAUUGUCUAUCACUCUUUUAUUUUUUGUUGUCCUAGGCUACCGGGCUAAAUCCUUGCCCACUAGCCUAACUUCCUUUCAUGGGCAACGUUGGCUAGUUAUUGAACUUCCAUUCUCUCAGGCCAGGGGUACAAUGUAUGAAUUAAUGGUUGGAUCAGAAUCGGCGUUAUAAUCAUUGGCCAAUACGGAGAAUUAAGUAAAACCACAAGUCCAAAUUCCUAUCGCCAUCCAAUUUUAGAUAGAGGAUGGCAACACAAGGAGAUGCACAAUGAGGUUCUGUCAAUGACGUAUGCUCUCGAUGCGAUUUGAUUGGAGUGAAGCCAAAUCCAAACUGGCUUCCCUUAUGAAACAUAGAGAGACUAAAGAUAAAUUAUUUGAUAUGUUUUUUUCUUUGGGAAGCCUGGCUUCCCUAGGCAUCCACGAAUACACGCCAUUGUCUGAACGACAUCUACUUGAGCAGAGAGAGAAAGAGAGAGUUAGAGAGAGAAAGAAAGGGAGAGAGAUGAGAGGGAGAGAAAGAGAGUUAGAGAGAAAGGGAGAGAGAGAGAGAGAGAGAGAGAUGAGAGGGAGAAAAGGAAGAGAGGGAAAGAGAAUUGAGGCCUCAGUCAGCACUAUAGCAGCCAUUCACUGCUCAGCAGGUGGAGAGAGAGCAAGAGAGAGAGAGAGCAUGAGGAAGAGAGAUGAGAAAGAUGAUGAUAAAUCUAGACAGACAGCAUUAGUGUUUUGUCUGGAAUAUAAUGACACACCUCUGGACAGAUGAUAAGAAAAUGUGUCUCGACCAUUGUUUACCGUCAAAGCACCACACACACACACACACACACACACACACACACACACACACACACACACACACACACUGUGCCGCCUCACCUGUCUUUGUCUCCAAACCCAGUCAUUAUCCCUACCUCUAAUAUUUAACCCCUGGCUGGCAUGACUCAGCUAAAAAACCCACACAAACCCAAUGCAGAGCGCCAACACGCUAACGGUCUAACGUCAGCAAGAUAUGCAGUAAAGCAGCCAGACAGUUAUCCUGAUUCCUUCUCCUCCUUUUCAACUGUAAUGGGGGUAAUGAAGGUAAUUGAGGGGAUUGAAUGAAGAAAAGGAGGAGGGAAGGAGGGAGGGAUGGCUGGUGUUGAAGGAGGAGAAGAAGAAGAAAGUGUGUGGGAAACUGUGAAUCCAUUUAAUAUAAAAGAUGAUAUGACAAUGUCUUAGUCAUCCAAUAAGUUGUUCUAGGGACCAAGACAGUGUGGGGGAAUAUGGGAAAAUGGAUUGUCCGGCGUUCCCAUCCCUAUGGCGAUGAUGAUGUCAGAUAGGACUGGAGAGAGAGAGAGAGAGAGAGAGAGAGAGAGAGAGAGAGAGAGAGAGAGAGAGAGAGAUUUUAUAAAACCAAGUGUUAACACAAAUAAUGGCACACUGCCUUUUCAGAAAUGAAACAACAAAUGUCAUUCCUAAAUUAAAAAAUAAAUUAAAUGAAAAUACAAAAAAGCAUAUAUAUACAUUCAACUCAUUUCAUCAACAAAAAAUAGUUUCCCCUCCUACACAAAACAAACCGCUCCUUCGUAAGCCCACUUCUCCUCAAACAAUGGGAGAUAUUUUACUGCCAAGAAGAACUCAAAAUCCACUUUUAUUCUCGCUUUCACCAAUCCUUUAAAAACACAUCUUACAUCCUGCCCAUAUCCCGUUUCUAUCUUAUGUUUCCUACUCAGAAAAAUUGACAUCUUAGCUUGUCCCAAAAUAAAAUGUAACAGUUGACAUUUUCUUUUCUGUUGCUUACUAUAUUGAAACCCCAAAAUAAAAACAGUGUUAUUGAAAAUCUCCCCUACAGCUUUAAACAAAGACUCCAGCAUUUCCAAGAGAGGUUUUAUCCUCUCACACUCCAUAAAACAGUGAAAAAUUGUUUCUCUUAUAUUACAAAAAGGACAUCCAUCUCCAACAUCUGAGUUAUUAACAGAUACAAAAGCAUUAACUUCAAUGAUGCCAUGCAAAACCCUCCAUUGCAUAUCACCAGUACCCUUUUGUAACGGAGGCUUGUUCAGUGCUCUCCAUGCUGGCUUUACCUUGUCAUCAAUGCCCAAUUUCACCCUCCAUGGAGUGUCUUUUCUAUUUUUCAAUGUAUCUUUAUUCAACACCUUGACACACCCCCUAUAUAAGUAUUUCCCAUUCACCUCAUCCAAACCCACUUCUUCCAACCCUCUCAAAUCCAGUAAUAACGCCUUUCUUUCUGACUCUGGGAUAUUGGGUGUAAUCCCUAGUCUUGGAAAUGAGACGUAUUCAUCUUGUACCUUCUUCUUGUGACUAUUAAGCAUACCCCACUCUUCUGCUGACAGAGCCUUCCUGCAGCUUCCCAGCAGUUGUCCGACAAUCCUUUCCGACCUCACCCCCAAAUGUUCAGCCACCCGUCUUCCAUCCAUUAACGCGGGCCAAGCCAUGGCCAUUAACUGUUUUAAGGUGAUGAUUUUGCCCUUCACCAGAAUCUUGGAGAAAUGUGGAACAGCUGCAGUUGCACAAUCCAGUCUUGCCCCAUACACCAGAGGUUCCUCCAACAGCCAAUGCACUGAUCCGCUGAAGUGCGUCUGGACACCUUCAUUAUGCUCCACACCCUUAGAAGGCCUCUGUAAAAUGGAGGUACUCCCUCCCUAGAAAUCUGGCUACUAUCGACCAAAAAUAAAGCCUUCUUUAAACCUAAUCCCCCAACCUGCUGUAAUACAAAACCUGCCACCACUCUCCAAACCACAUUUUCCGGUCCAUAAAGCAACCUUACUAGUAAGAUGUACAAGACCUUGUCCCCCCUCCUCUUUUGACAAAUACAAAACACUUUGUGGAACCCAAUUAUAUUUAUCCCAAAAUAAAUCUACAAUAAUUGCCUGUAUCUUAGCCAGAAGGCCAGAUGGUGGCUCUAAAACUGACAACCGAUGCCACAGUGCAGAGGCAACCACAUUGUUAAGAGGCAACCACAUUGUUAACUAUAAUAGUGUGCCCCCUAUAGGACAUACGAGAUAACAACCAACGCCAUCUCCUCAUCCUCCCUUCCACCAUUUGAACCACCCCAUUCCAUUUAUUUUCCCAUUGUCCCCUCAUCUCCUAGGUACACUCCAAGAUACUUAAAACCUCCCUUACACCAUUCCAGCCCCCCUGGCAAAGCCAUGAUCCCUCCAGACCAUUCUCCAAUCUGUAAAGCACAACUUUUUUCCCAGUUUACCUUUGCAGAGGAUAUUCCCCUAAAACGAUCAACCAUUAGACUCAAACUAUCCACCUCCGCUUGAUUUUUCACUAAAAUAACUACAUCAUCAGCAUAGGCUGAGAGACGAAUAGGAGGAAUAUCCUCUGAAAGGUACACCCCUUCAAUGCGACUUCUAAUGCUAUUUAGUAGUGGCUCUAUAGCAAUGGCAUAUAACAUUCCAGACAAAGAACAUCCCUGCCUAAUACCUCUACACACUUUAAAAGGAGCACUCAAGCCACCGUUAACUUUCAAUACACUUUCAAUGUCACCAUAUAUCACCCUUAUCAUGGCAAUAAAACCAGAGCUGAAACCAAACACCUCAAAAGUGUGCCAUAAGUAUUGAUGUUCAACUCGGUCAAAUGCCUUUUCCUGAUCAAUUGAAAUUGAAAUUAGACCAGCAUCCAACCCGGGGCGGCAGGUAGCUUAGUGGUUAAGAGCGUUGUGCCAGUAACCGAAAGGUAGCUGGUUCUAAUCCCCGAGCCGACUAGGUGAAAAAUCUGUCGAUGUGCCCUUGAGCAAGGCACUUAACCCUAAUUGCUCCUGUAAGUCGCUCUGGAUAAGUGCGUCUGCUAAAUGACUAAAAAUGUAAAUGUAAAAAAAACCAAUAGCCCUAGAGACGUCCACAAAAUCCAGAAUCAGAGAAAUGUUAUCCCCUAUCUGCCUGCCAGGAACACAGUAGGACUGGUCCGUAUGUAUGAUUUGCCCCAUCACCUCCAUCAGCCUUUUGGACAAAGCCUUUGACAGGAUCUUAUAAUUAGUGCACAAUAAAGCCACUGGCCUCCAGUUCUUCACCUCCCUAGGGUCACCCCUUUUUGGCAGUAGGGUGAGGACAGCCCUUCUGCAGCUUAUCUGUAGUAACCCUCCGGUCAAACUAUCAUUAACUACUGCUAGCCAAUCCUCUCCCAACAUAGCCCAAAAAUACUAAAAAGUCAACAGGAAGCCCAUCAAUGCCUGGUGCCCUUCCAUUUUCCAUGCCUUUUAAUGCAGUGUAUAGCUCCUGCAAAGACAAUGGUUGCUCUAGCUCAACCUGAGCUUCUGCAGCCACCUGUGGGAGCCCAUCAAGGAACUGCUGUGUCAUUGUUUUAUCCUCUUUGUACUCACACUUGUAGAGAUCAGCAUAGAACUCUACUGCCCUCUUUCUAAUUUCACUAGGACUAGUGAGCUCCUGUCCAACAGCUGAUUUGAGACAAUGAAUAAUUCUUCUUUGUCCAUUCUUUUUCUCUAAACCAAAGAAACAUUUGGAUGAGGCAUCCAUUUCAGAUAUUCCCUGAAACUUACUUCUCACCAAUGCCCCCUGUGCUUUGAUACCCAGCAGGUCUGCCAAUGCAGCUUUUUUCCUCUUGAGGGCCUGAGUACGGCCUCGAUCUCCUGUGGUCUCAACCAACGUCAGGAGUUCUACUAUUUCAGACUCUAGGGCUUUCAUUGAUCUGGUGAUGUCUUUGGUGACAUUCCUCGUGUAUUGAUUACAGAAUUGUUGAAUCUGGAUUUUCCCUAUAUCCCACCACUGUUGAAGGGAUACAAAACUGGCCUUUUGAGACCUCCACCUCUCCCAGAAAAAACUAAAACAUUUCCUGAAGUGACUAUCACUCAAUAAACUUAUAUUAAAAUGCCAGUAUGCGCUUUUGGGUUUUUGGGUUUUACAGCAUUAAUGAACACCACCUGUGUUAUUAAACAAUGAUCAGAAAAUCCCACUGGGGUUAUCACACUUGAUUUACAGACCUGAGAUUGAUGCUUCAAAACAAUAAAACCUAUCUAACCUGGCCAUGGACAUGGUGUUCUCUCUCACAUGGGCCCAGGUGUACUGUCUCGUGCCUCCAUGUUGACUCCGCCAAAUAUCACACAGUUCAUGUGUUACAAUGAGGCGUUUUUAAAAAGUCCUUGAGGCUAUAUGAGGUUCUUUGUGAUUUCUAUCUAAAUCACUGACUGUGCAGUUAAAAUCCCCAGCAAUAAAUAAAUAAUCUUCAGUAUUACAUUUCUCAAUGGUAUUUGAUAAUGUCUCUAAAAAACAUACCCUCUCAACUGCCACCACUGGGGCAUAUACAUUCAUCAGACACAUAGUGAUGUUUUCAUACCUCGCUCUAACUUUUAAUAACCUCCCCUCAACUACCUCUUCAACCUCAUAUGACAAAGGCAAAAACCCUUUUGAGAACAAGAUGGCCACACCCCCACUUUUUGAGUUUUUAUGACUACACACCACUGUCCCCCCCCCCCACCCCCCACUCGUGUUGUCACGAUCGUCAGGGAGAGACCAAGGCGCAGCGUUGCAGGUGAACAUAUUUAUAUUUAUUUAAUGAUCACACGAUCAAAACAACAAACGAAAAACGUGACGUUUAUGGUUUAAACACAAACCAACACGAACAAGAAACCACAAACACAAAGUGAAAGACAGACAGUUAAAUAUGGCUCCCAAUCAGAGACAACCAGCUGACACUCGUUGCCUCUGAUUGGGAGUCACUCAGGCCAACAUAGAAAUACAAACAUAGAAUACACACCCUGGCUCAACAUAACAGUGUCCCCAGAGCCAGGGCGUGACAGUACCCCCCCCUAAAGGCGCGGACUCCGACCGCGCCAACUAAAUACCACAGGGGAGGGACCGGGUGGGCACUCCGCCUUGGCGGCGGAUCCGGCUCCGGGCCUGAUCCCCACUCCCUCUCCAACCCCCCAAAGUACCCCUGGUCCGGUCUGGCCCCGCUGGCCGGAGCUGGACUGCACACUGAUGGAGCGGAUUGCUCUAGCUCCGGCGUAACGCAUCUGACCGGUGCCGGACCAGGCACCAGUGGAACAGGCACGGGCCGUGCCGGACCGACGACGCACACCACUGGCUUGGUGUGGGGAACAGGCACGGGCCGUGCUGGACUGACGACGCACACCACUGGCUUGGUGUGGGGAGCAGGAGCGGGCCGGACAGGGCUGACGAAACGCACCACAGACUUGGUGCGGGGAGCAGGAAUGGGCCGGACUGGGCUGGCGACGCGCACCACAGACUUGGUGCGGAGAGCAGGAACGGGCCGGACAGGGCUGACGAAACGCACCACAGACUUGGUGCGGGGAGCAGGAAUGGGCCGAGCCGGGCUGACGAAACACACCACAGACUUGGUGCGGGGAGCAGGAAUGGGCCGAGCCGGGCUGACGAAGCGCACCACUGACUUGGUGCGGGGAGCAGGAACGGGCCGAGCCGGGCUGACGAGACGCACCACAGACUUGGUGCGGGGAGCAGGAAUGGGCCGGACUGGGCUGGCGACGCGCACCACAGACUUGGUGCGGAGAGCAGGAACGGGCCGGACAGGGCUGACGAAACGCACCACAGACUUGGUGCGGGGAGCAGGAACAGACCGGACCGUACUGGGGACACACACCACUGGCCCUACACCGGGAUCUGGAACGGGCCGGACCGGACUGGUAACACACCCCAGUACCUCUCGCCGUGCCUCUCCACCUUCCAUCCCCUCUUCGACCAGUGGCCCCCGUAACCUGGCGGCCUCCUCUGCCAACCCGCUGGACCGCUCUAUCGCGGCCUCCUGCUGCCCCGACGUCGUGAGCCCCCCCCAAAAAAAUUUCUGGGGGUCUCUCCUCCCCGUGGGCCAGGCCUCUAUCGUUUUCGCCCAACUCUCGCUCCUCUGUCUCCAACUCCCGCUAUUCAGCUCCUCAAUGGGCUUGACCCAGUCGAAGCUCUUCCUCAACUGUUCCCAAGUCCACCCUCUCUGCUCCUCACUAGGCUUGACCCAGUCGAGGUUGCCACGGAGAUCUGCUAGCGAUGGCUCCUGGACACGCUGCUUGGUCCGGUUUUGGUGGUUUCUUCUGUCACGAUCGUCAGGGAGAGACCAAGGCGCAGCGUUGCAGGUGAACAUAUUUAUAUUUAUUUAAUGAUCACACGAUCAAAACAACAAACGAAAAACGUGACGUCUAUGGUUUAAACACAAACCAACACGAACAAGAAACCACAAACACAAAGUGAAAGACAGACAGUUAAAUAUGGCUCCCAAUCAGAGACAACCAGCUGACACUCGUUGCCUCUGAUUGGGAGUCACUCAGGCCAACAUAGAAAUACAAACAUAGAAUACACACCCUGGCUCAACAUAACAGUGUCCCCAGAGCCAGGGCGUGACACGUGUUGCCACAUAACUUCAUUUUCCAUAUUACUAUGCGUUUGUUGUAGAAAACGUAUGUCACUUCCCUUUCCCCUAAUUAACUCAUACACUAUGGCUCUUUUUUUAACGUCUCUUGCCCCAUUUACGUUUAACGAAGAAAUCUUAAAACUGCUCAUGGAUGGGGAAAAAAAUGCAGAGGAAGACACAUAAACCACAUCUCUUUACAGAGUUAAGGCUGCGACUAAACUCUUUCAUUUCCUUUAGAAUUUACAUCACUUUUCACUCUCGUGACCACUUUCUUGAGUCUAGCAAUUUCAGGGUUUGUCAAACCUCCCCCUGUUAUUUUUGACAUCAGAAACUUUGCUGAUUCAAUAAACAAUUCACUUUCAGGAAAAAAAUAUUUUACAUUAUAAUCCUGCAUAUAUUUAUUCCCUUUUGUCAAAUUCAGAAUUUGUCAAAUUCAGAAAUUGACGUACCUUCUCAAUCCUGUACCUCCCUUCUACCCCAUUUAUCUCACUAUUUUGUUGUGAUGCGUCAGAUGACUCACUCUCGCUAUCCUCCCCAGAACAAAACUCCACCAUCUCUACAACCUGUUUAUCCUCAACUGAUUUAUCAAUCUCUACCUUCCUCUUAGAAUUAGACCCUUCACAACCCCUUAAAUUCUUCCUCUUACUCCUCGGUACUUUGAAAACAGCUGCUUCCUUUUCCAUUGUUUCAAUCUCCUCUUGACCUCCAAUUUCAUUUUCCAGCACCACCUCAGUGACCGCAGUCGCAAUCUCACCGACUGUUUCCCCUCCCUCUUUGUUCUGAUCUACCACAAUUGCCCCCGUAGCCACACUGCUUUCCUUUCCUACUUUUCCAACCACAUCUGCCCACCUUCUCCCUUCCCCUGCACCCUUAGAAUGUUCAUUCCUUCGUGGUGCAUUAGCUGCACCAACACUAGAGCUGCUACCGGGCUCUGCGCGCUCGUUCUCGGGACAAUAACGUACCAAAUGCCCCUCUCAUCCACAGCCAAAGCAUUUCAUUGAUUCAGUAGAAGCGUAGAAGACAUAAUCAAAUCCAUCAAUCUUAAAACUGAAUGCUAAAUUCAGUUCGUCAGUGUCCUUCUUUAAAAUCAUAUGCACUUGUCUCCUAUGAGACACGACAUGUUUCAGCAAAGGAGAUUUGCAUCCAAAAAGAAUCUUCUUUAUUGUAGAUACAAGUUGACCAUGACGAGAACUCUCGCUCCAACACUUCAUCUCUAACAAAUGGUGGCACGUUAGAAAGUAUAACCGGAUUCAUAAGAGGAAAUACCAACGUCUGUGUCUCCCGCAACACAACACCACUCUCAACUAUCGUAUUCACCUUUUCAAUGGAAUUUAAGAAUAUCGCUACAGCGCUAUUCAUCCUUGAGGCUGAUUUUAUGCUAUCAUACCCAAUGAUAGCACCCACUGCUAAGCUACAUUCUUCCACGUAACACCCUGCCACAGCAGGAAUCUUUACUCCAUGCCGCCAACUAAGUUUUUCAAACUACAAACCUCCGCGAGUGGCCAUUGCAACCAGCCCCACCCGCUGGUUGUGCCCUCGCGAAAAACAACCUCAACGAUCCCACCACCCCUAUACGUGCUUAGUGAUAGUUAGACAAGAUAACCUUAAAACAACUAAACUAAUCAAUAUAUAUAUAUAUAUACACACCGAAACCCAAUAGAGUGAAAAGAAUUCCAGUGUCUCUCAUAAUCACUCCUGCUUCACGACUCACUCCCAGCAUGCACUCCGAUGAGAGAGAGAGAGAGAGAGAGAGAGAGAGAGAGAGGCCUUACUGACUGGUACAGUUAAAUUAUGGAUGAGAGUAGAGGAGUGUGUGCAUUCCACUGACUUUUCCACGCCAUACAUACACACACAAAAAGCACACACGCACACACACACACAAAACACACACUCCCUAAUCGCAACCCACGCCCCUACACACACGCCAUUGCACUAAAACCCCUUUUCCAUCCAUACAAACACACACUCUCAUCUAACCAUAACCUCUCUCUCUUAGCACCUGGCCUUCUCCUGAGAUCUGUCUCACCUGCCCACUGAACCACACACACACUGCAGAGCUAGCUUAGCGGUGGCUAAUGGAAGACUCUUGUUGGGUGAUGUUCUAAUGAUUAGUCACUAUAGAGCUAGCUUAGCGGUGGCUAAUGGAAGACUCUUGUUGGGGGAUGUUCUAAUGAUGAGUAACUAUAGAGCUAGCUUAGCGGUGGCUAAUGGAAGACUUGUUGGGUGAUGUUCUAAUGAUGAGUCACUGCAGAGCUAGCUUAGCGGUGGCUAAUGGAAGACUCUUGUUGGGUGAUGUUCUAAUGAUGAGUCACUAUAGAGCUAGCUUAACGGUGGCUAAUGGAAGACUCUUGUUGGGUGAUGUUCUAAUGAUGAGUCACUAUAGAGCUAGCUUAACGGUGGCUAAUGGAAGACUCUUGUUGGGUGAUGUUCUAAUGAUGAGUCACUAUAGAGCUAGCUUAGCGGUGGCUAAUGGAAGAUCAACACAGAUGAAAGGGGGAAAGGCACGGUCAGUGAUGUACUGAGAGGUAAAAAUGUAUGCACACAUGACUGUAAGUUGCUUUGGAUAAAAGCGUCUGCUAAAUGGCAUAUUAUAUUAUAUUAUUAUUAUAUUAUAUAUUAUUAUAUUAUAGGACAGAGAGAGAAAGAGAGGAAAGAAGGAGAGGGAGGGGGAGCAGAGAGAGAGAGAGAGAGAAGGCUAUAAAGGGAGAGAGGGAGAGAGGGGGAGAGGGGAAGAGAGCAAGAGAGGCUGACUGUCUUUCCCAUGCUGUAGCCAACUCUUCUAUUUCUAUUUUCUAUUUUUCUAAUGUGAAAAGGGGGCCCUGUGGAAAAAAGGUUGGGAACCCCUGCCAUAGAGUGCUGGUCAAAAGUAGUGCGCAGUAUAUGGAAUGGGGUGGUAUUUGGGCCACAACCUUAUUAGUUUCCACUGGUCUCUGUAAAGCCUGUGACUCAGAGAAAGGAAGUGAUUGAAACAGGUCAGUCAGACAGACACUGUGGGGUCAGCAAUGGAAAUCUAUGGGUGUUCUGGGCAGAACAGGGCCUGCCUGGUCUGCAGUUUAAAUGAGGUGACAGAGGCUGGGCUGCAUCUCAAUAGUCUAAAGAGGCUUCCUUGUCCCUUCCUUGUUUCCUUUCCUUCAUCUGCAGGAGAAGAUGCUUCCUCAGACUAUUGAAACCACCAAUAAAUGACAUGCUUUCAUAUAAUGAGUGUGUGCUAGCCAGGGUGUGUGUGCGUGUUUGUGCGUGCGUGCAUGCGUGUGUUAUCCCUUUCAUACUUAAACGUUUUUCCGCCAACUUGAUCAUACCGCCAACUUUUUUCCGCCUUUUGUUAAAUCUGAAAAGUUAUUUCUGUUAUCAAAGCUGAAACUUUUAUUUCCACCAAACGACCUAGAAGCCUAAUCAUUUGGGUAAAAGUUCUGCCUACGGCUUAGUAUGAAACGGAGCUGUAAUGCUGAGGUGGCAUCGGUACGCACUAUGCUCUUAAACUCUUGAUGGUUGCUAGGCAGCGCCCAUUAACCAUCCUACUGACAGUUCUAAACUUUGCAAGGCAUGUCACUUCGCCCAUCUCUUCGCAUAGCAUAGCCCACCACUAAGCGCUGGAUGGUAGGGAUGGGUAAGAGGACUCGAGUACUCGAACUGACGUCAAAACUCGAUAUUUAACCAGAGAUCACUUUUUUUUUUUUUUAUACUGUAAAACUAUUUGGUCGAAAUUUGGUCUUGAAGACAACGUUAAUUUGCUUUGACUCAAGUGUUCUAUUUGUACAUGUGGAUUUGCGGGACACAACAAAAAAGAAACCAAGCCAAGCGUCACAAAUCUGUUAUAAAAAUCUUUGGUUCUGCUUCCUACAUUCCCUUUCCCCUCCGUGUCUCACUCACUCAAUUGCGUUCCAACCGCUCCCUCUACACACGCGUUCUGUGUGCGCCUACAGAAAUAAAUGCCUAUAAAAACGUACCUAACUGAUGGGAUACACAAGCCAAAUUACGACAGUUUCAUCACAAAAUAUGUGUUCCAACAAUGAGGUGUAGUUUUGGAAUAAUUUGGUCAUUUUCCACUUAGGUUACUUUGCGGUUGUCACAGCCACAAAGUCCAAAUUGGCUAUGUCGUAAAAAAUCAUGAAAACAAAAAAGUGCUUUUUGGUCUUAAUUUAAGGUUAGGGUUAGGCAUAAGGUUAACAGUGUGGUUAAGGUUAGGGUUAAGGGCUAGGUUUAAUAGGUUUAAAAAAGAUUUUGAGAAGUGAUAAUGUAGAAACGUGCAGGGUUUAUGGUUGUGUGGCUGUGGGAACUAACGUUAGUGACAACCCUGCUUUGCGAUCUGCUAGUUGCAUUUAGAAUUGGUUAGCCUAGUCUAUUACCUCCCUAAACAUAGACAGGUUCCACACUGAAAAUAUGCAAAAACAUUAGUUUGAUAAAGACAAAGAGCCUAUUUUCAUCAGAAUCAUUAAGCCCUUCUCACCAAACAAAUGGCUGUAAUUCAUUCCCAUGCACUGUUCAAUGUAGAAUUGUUAAUCCAUUUAGAAAAUUCGAAGGAACAGGCAUAUUAAACUAGAUCCAACGUCUGUAUAUCGAAAAGAACACAGAUUUUGAUUUGUAACUCUGAAAAAUUUCUCUUUCAACUUGCCAAAUUGAGCCCUGUUUCAAAUGAUCACUCUGAGAAUAACUGUUCCAGAUGUGAGAUGCGAAUCACUUCGCACUAUUCUGUUGUAUUACAUGUUGUUUUACUAUAAACUAGGUGUCUUGACUGUGAUAAGGGCUCGGGAAAUAAGAGUGUCUUGUCUGCUAAAAUAACAAAACAAGGCUAUGCCAUUACACCAAUUUAUUUUUAUUUAUUUUAUUUAUUACACAGCCAGGCUCCUACAAGCAAGCACCACACUGCUGAGGCUACUACCUUUUUGAAGAUUGUGUUCCACGAUAUAAUAUAACCAGUUGAUAUUACAGUUUCAAUAAAUGAAUCUUAAAUGGCACUUGUUUUUUUAUUGACUGAAUAAAAAUAUGAGGCAAUUUAGCAAUUAGGAUCCGUUAUCUGUUAUGAUAAAUUAGGCAUUGUUACACACUGUUGGCAUAUACAGUGCAUUUGGAAAGUAUUCAGACCCCUUCCCUUUUUCCACAUUUUGUUACGUUACAGCCUUAUUCUAAAAUUGAUAAAUUCAAUUAAAUACCCCAUAAUGACAAAGCGAAAACAGGUUUUUAGAAAUGUUUGCAAAUGUAUAAUAAAACAAAACAGAAAUACCUUAUUUACAUAAGUAUUCAGACCCUUUGCUAUGAGACUCGAAAUUGAGCUCAGGUCCAUCCUGUUUCCAAAAUACCGUAAAUUCUAUGUGAAAGCAGCAUAAGUGUGUGUGUGUGUGUGUGUGUGGUGUGUGUGUGGUGUGUCUGUGUGUCUGUGUGUGUGUGUGUGUGUGUGGUGUGGUGUGGUGUGGUGUGUUUAUAGUCAUGGGAUGUAACCUAUCACCCUUUUAGAUUAUUUUGAUUUGAUAGCCCAACCAAUUAAGACAAUGGACUUCUCAUAUCUGAUUGGACGCCAGGAGGAGCCAUAUCUAUUGCUGAUGCUGUGUCGGCACAAAAUGGCCGCCUAGUUGGCCCUUUGGGUCAUUGACCACUAUUCGAUACAAUGGGAAUGGCGACAUCUGCAUGGUCGUUGAUAUUGGAGAAGAGAGGAACACACACACACUUAGGACAGGAGUCAGAACAGUUCAGGCUUUGUGUGUAUUGCUUAGUAAGCAGCCAUUGUCCCCUUGGGGUUCUGGUUAGGACCAAGUCGACAGAAUGUCUCGUCUGUAUACAGGCCCACAUUCUGUGUGUGUGUGUGUGCGUUUGCAUGCAUGUUUGUGCAUGUGUGUGGGUGUGUAUGUGUGUGUGUGUGAGGUCUCCCAGGACAGCGCUAAAUUGGCGUGGCGACUAUGUAUAAUAUUCUCAAACUCAAUUUGCCUCCCAGUCUGUGUUCUAUUGCCCCCCCCCCCCCCCCCCCCCCCCCAUUGUCAUGACAACCAACAAUGAGCUUUUCUGUUGAUUUCUGCACUGCCCUCCUCAGCAAUAAUGGUGGCUGGUGUCUGUGUCACCAAGUGUGUGCGUGUGAGUAUGUUGCCAGCUAAUCCGAGAGAGUGAUCAGAGUGCCACAACGAAGCAGACUGUGGCAGUGCCCCUUACACACUCACUCACUCACACACACACUGACACACACUGGUUGUUUACCAGUCCGGAGGCCUCCAAGAGAUUCCAAACCAAAUGUUUGGGUUUCCUUCAUGUGCGGCCCUUAGAGCAUUUCAAAUAUCUCAAGGCAGCAUUCCAAUGGGGCUGUUUUCCCACCCUAGAGAUGCUGUGUGUGUGUGUGUGUGUGUGUGUGUGUGUGUGUGUGUGUGUUCACUGUAAUCUAUGAAGAAGGCGUUUUUAGAUAAACAAACCAACUGCUGGAAAGAACAACAUCAUUCCUCUCUUCCUCAUUUGAUAUCCGCUAUUCGACAAAUAAUGACACUGUCUACUACUGUGUGUGUUGAACCUCUGCCCAGUUUGAUUGGCGGGCUGGCCUUGUCGCCAUGGUGAUGGCCACUGGGAUACCAGCGGGUCAUUGGUUAUUUGAUUCACAUUCAGAAGAGGCAGUCUGUUCUCUGUCUGUUUAUCAGUCCUCUAUCUGUUCUCAACGAGUGCUGUGUGUGUGUGUGUGUGUUGUGUGUGUGUGUGUGUGUAUGUGUCUGCAACAUUUCCUCUUCUCUGUAGGGAGUGUGAUCUGUACACCUUUGGUAGCUGGCACCACAAUCAUAGAUAUACUGAGUUAUUGGGUCACGUUCAGAGAACACAAUCUGUUUCCUAUCUGUUCUCUACUGUAUGUCAGUUUGUAACAUUUACCCUCUAGUUAGGGACGCGCAGCUUCCAUCUUUGCUACCUGGCACCGUAGUUUUACUGUACUGUAUAUAGUACUGAGUUAUUGGGUCACGUUCAGAGAAGGCAAUCUGUUCUCCAUCGGUUCUCUAUGAGUCUGCAACAUUUUCUAUCUAACUGCAACACUUCCUCUCUAACUGCAACAUUUCCUUUCUAACUGCAACACUUCCUCUUUAACUGCAACAUUUCCUCUCUAACUGCAACAUUUCCUUUCCAACUGCAACACUUCCUCUUUAACUGUAACAUUUCCUCUCUAACUGCAACAUUUCCUCUCUAACUGCAACAUUUCCUCUCUAACUGCAACACUUCCUCUUUAACUGCAACACUUCCUCUUUAACUGCAACACUUCCUCUUUAACUGCAACAUUUCCUGCCCUCUGAUGAGAACCUUUGGGACCUGGCACCAGGCUGUAGAUACAAUAUACAGUAUAAAGUGGUGCAUGUUCAGAAAAGCCUUCUGUUGCCUAUUGGUUCUAUAUCUGUCAGUUGAAAAGCCUUCUGUUGCCUAUUGGUUCUAUAUCUGUCAGUUGAAAAGCCUUCUGUUGUCUAUUGGUUCUAUAUCUGUCAGUUGAAAAGCCUUCUGUUGUCUAUUGGUUCUAUAUCUGUCAGUUGAAAAGCCUUCUGUUGUGUAUUGGUUCUAUACAGUGGGGAAAAAAAGUAUUUAGUCAGCCACCAAUUGUGCAAGUUCUCCCACUUAAAAAGAUGAGAGGCCUGUAAUUUUCAUCAUAGGUACACGUCAACUAUGACAGACAAAUUGAGGAAAAAAAUUCCUUUGACAGCUCUUUGGUCUUGGCCAUAGUGGAGUUUGGAGUGUGACUGUUUGAGGUUGUGGACAGGUGUCUUUUAUACUGAUAACAAGUUAAAACAGGUGCCAUUAAUACAGGUAACGAGUAGAGGACAGAGGAGCCUCUUAAAGAAGAAGUUACAGGUCUGUGAGAGCCAGAAAUCUUGCUUGUUUGUAGGUGACCAAAUACUUAUUUUCCACCAUAAUUUGCAAAUAAAUUCAUUAAAAAUCCUACAAUGUGAUUUUCUGAAUUUUUUUUCUUCUCAUUUUGUCUGUCAUAGUUGACGUGUACCUAUUAUGAAAAUUACAGGCCUCUCUCAUUUUUUUAAGUGGGAGAACUUGCACAAUUGGUGGCUGACUAAAUACUUUUUUCCCCCACUGUAUCUGUCAGUUGAAAAGCCUUCUGUUGUCUAUUGGUUCUAUAUCUGUCAGUUUCCAACGUUUCCUAUCUUGACUAUUAAAGAUGUGCAUCAUUGGUACCUGGCACCAUAGUACAUUGAUAUUGCAGUUAUUGGUUCACGUUCAGAGAAGCCAAUCUGUUCCUGAUCUGUUGUCAACAUUUCCUCUUUACUGUAGAAAUGUGCACCUGGCUGGCUGGCACCAUAGUCUAUACCACUCAAACUCAACUCUGGACCUUGAAGCCAGUUCCACUGCAUUGUUUCAUUGUUCCCCUCUAAUCAGGGACUGAUUUAGACCUGGUACACCAGGUGUGUGCAAUGAAUUAUCAGGUAGAACAGAAAACGUCAGGCUCUGGACCUCAUAGGGUAAGAGUUGAGUACCCCUGGUCUAUACUGUACUGUUGGUUCAUGUUUAGAAAAGACAAUCUGUUCUCUACUUGAGACGGCAACAUUUCUAAAUGGUUGUUGGGAUUCCCCUCUACAGUAAGGAUGGAAGAGCAUAUCAGGCACCAUAGCCAUGGCCCUUUGUGUUACAGGCCCACCUGAACAUUAUUCUCAACCACAUUCAGCCUUUUGUGUUGUUGUAAAACGCUGAGCAUUGACAGAGUGGGUUUGUGUGCACUGUUCAGAGCAAGACAAGGUUUUCAUCAUGGGUCUAUUAUCGUUGACCUAGCACCUUUAUUAUAGAAGAAGGAAUGAGGGACAUCCGUUCUUUCUCUCUCUUUUAGAGCUGUCUUUCAUGCUGCCUUCUAGCCUACACUGUGUGUGGACAGAGAGAGAGAGAGAGAGAGAGAGAGAGGUUGUCAUCAGUGAGCUAACACCUUUAUUAUACAGUAGAAGAAAGAGGAAUGAGAGAGAAAAAUACAGUCAUACAUCCUAGCUUCUCUUAUCAUUAUUCCUCCCUCUCUUAUGAGUAUCCCUCACUUUUCACUCUUUCUUUCAUGCCAUCUUGACUAUACUGUGUGUGGACAGGAAAGAUGGAAUGUAACGGAAAUGGUGGGAGAGGGAGAAGGAGAAGAGAGGAGAAAGAGAGAAGGAGAGAAAACAAAGGACAAUUGGAGAUGAGAGAUAGAAGGGAGACAGAGAGGAAAUGUCUGGAGGGGGAAACCUGGCACUGCACUCCUCCCUCGCUCGCUCCCUGCUUCCAUUCUCUCUAGCAACCCACCGAUUCACCCCUCCUCUCCUCCCUCCCUCACUCCCUCCCUACCUUGCGCCACACAGAUUCAAUACCACCUCUCCUCUCCUCCCUCCCUCUCCUCUCUCCCUCCCUCCUUCCACUCUCUUUAGCACUGCAACCAUUCAAUACUACACCUCCCUCCAUCCCUCCCUUCUCCCUACCUCCCUCUCUCCCUCCUUCCCUACCUCGCUCCCUUGCACCACACUGAUUCAAUACCACCCUCUCUCGCAUCCUCUCUCUCUCCCUACCUCGCUCCCUAGCACCACACUGAUUCAAUACCACCCUCUCUCGCAUCUUCUCUCUCUCCCUACCUCGCUCCCUUGCACCGCACCAAUCCCCCCCCUCCUCCCCCUCCCUCCCUCCCUCCCUCGCUCUCUGAGUUGUUGCUUGUAGUCCUGCCAAGUGUAGCAUUAGCCUUGUGGAAUGGAACCGUGGGUGUGUGUGGGUGUGUUGGUGUGUGUGUGUGUGUGUGAGUGUGGGCAAGUGUGUGUGUAUAUGUGUGUGUGUGCUUGCGUGCUUGCGUGCAGGUGUGUGUGUGACCUCAGAGAUGGCCUGUAUAGAUUUCUGGCCCAUAGGCACAGAUUUAGGAUCAGCUUUACCUCCCCCAUAUCCUAUCUUCAACCCUUAGGGAGGAGAAAACUAAACUGUCCUUAGGUCAGCGUAUAAAGGGUCAGCAGCAUUUAUCUCCCUGGUCUUAGCAGGAAUGCAAAACACUGACAUUUCUCAGAGAGGUUUACUGAAUCUUUCCUUUUUUUGGCAUUAUUUACUUCCCUCCCUCUGGCUGAUCCCUUGUUCAUUGUUUUCCUCCCUCCACUGGACCACAUCUCUCCAUCCCUCCCCCUCUCUCAUUCUCCUUUUCCUCCGCCUGAUUUCCCCCUAUACUUUCUCCUUCUCAUCUCGCCUCCCUCCCUCCCUCCCUCCCUCCCUCCCUCCCUCUCUCCCUCUCUCUCCUCUGUUUUGUUCAUAGUUUGAUAUAGCAGUGGAAUCCCUGAGGUAGCCCUGUAAAGGCUUCUAGACUACUUUAGAUUCAUACACGGUAUUGUGUGUUAGAACUGCCAGAUUGCCUCUCUCUUGCUCUCUCUCUCUCUCCUCUCUUGCUCUCUCUCUCUCUCUCUCCUCUCUCGCUCUCUCGCUCUCUCUCUCUCUCUCUCUCGCUCUCUCUCGCUCUCCUUCUCACUCUCUCUCUCACUCUCUCUCUUUCAAUCUAUCUCUCUUUCUUUAUCUCUCCCAUUCUACCUCUCUCUUUUCUUCCCUGUUCUUUCAUUGUUUGUGCUUAAGUUGGGCUGCGAGAGAUUUAAUAAAAAAAUAUUAAGAUGGAUUAAAUGUAAGAAUAGAUGUUGCACCGUCAGCACUGACUGCCCUGAAUAUGAACUGAACUGUAUUAAGAGAAAAUCUUAUUUUCGGAGGAUAUGAAUGUCAAUGCACUGUUGGAAGUUGUUAGAAAAUAUGUAUUUUGGGAUGUUUUUUUAUUUACGUUUUUUGGGGGAAUUUUUAUGAGUUGAUCAAGGUUUUGGCCACAUAUUUUGUAUAAACCAAUCAAGGAAGAAAUUGGAUUAGAUUAAAUGUACAGUUCGCUGAUUGGUUGAUGAUGCCAUUGCUUUAGACUCAGGAAGAUUAUGAAAAAAAAAAAGAAGAGAAAUCAAGAUUAUUGUCACAAUCACAUGUGAUUCUCUCUCAUGUGAGGUUUACUGUAGAAAUCCUCCAGGGGAAAGAAGGAUGAAUGAAUAAUGAAAGGAAGGAGAAAGAAAUGGGUUGUUAUCGCUCUCUCUCCCUCCUCCCCACUCACUCUCUUCUCUCCCUCCUCCCCACUCACCCUCUUCUCUCCCUCUACCUCCCCACAUUAUCUCUCCCUCCUCCCCACUCACCCUCUUCUCUCCCUCCCCACAUUCUCUCUCCCUCCUCCCCACUCACUCUUUUCUCUCCCUCUACCUCCCCACAUUCUCUCUCCCUCCUCCCCACUCACUCUCUUCUCUCUCUCUACCUCCCCACAUUAUCCCCCCCCCUUCCCUCCCCCCACUCACCUCUUCUCCCCUCCUCCCCACUCACCCUCUUCUCUCCCUCUACCCCCUCCCCACUUAUCUCUCCCUCCCCCCACUCACCCUCUUCUCUCCUCCCCCAUUCUCUCCCCCCCUCUCCCACUCACUUCUCCUUCUCUCCCUCCCUACCCUCCACUUCUCUCUCCCUCCUCCCCACUCACUCCUUCUCUUCCUCUUCAAAGUAACCAACCGCCCCACAUUAAACUCUCCCCCUCCCCAUCACCCUCUUCUCUCCUCUAACCUCCCCACAUUAUCUCUCCUCCUCCCCACCCACCCUCUUCUCCCUCCCACAUUCUCUCCUCCCCUCCCCACCACUCUCUUCUCCCUCUACCCCCCGAUUCCCCCAUUCCUCUCCUCCCCUCCCCUUUCCCCUCUUCCUCUUCACCCACUCCCCCAUUAUUCUCCCUCCUUUCCCACCACUCUCUUCUCCUCUUUAAACACCUCCCCACUUUCUCCCUCCUCCCCACUCACUCUCUCUUCUCGCUCCCAAUCCCCACUUAUCUCUCCCUCCUCCCCAUCACUCCCUUCCUUCUCUAAACCCUCCCACAUUUUUCUCUCCUCCCCCCACUCACUCUCUUUCCUCUCUCCUCUACCACCCCACAUCCUAUCCCUCCUCCCCCAUCCCCUCUUCUCUCUCUCCUAAUUCCUCUCUCUCAUUUUCCCCAAACCCCAAAAAUCACUCCUCUCUACUUACAUAACCCCCCCACAUUCCUCUCUUCCCCCUCCCCCCACUUCCCUCUUCUUUUCCCUCCCUCACCCCUCUCCCACUAAAAACCAACCGCCCCACAAUUCUCUCUCCUCCUCCCCACUCACCCUUUUUCCCCUCUAACACCAACAAAUUCAACUCCCACCCUCCCCAUCUCCCCUCCCCCACUCCCCUCUUCCUCCCCCCUACCCCCCACAUUAUCUCUCCCUCCCCCCACUCACUCUCUUUCUCUCCCUCUACCACCCACUUUUCUCUCCUCCCCCACUUCCCCUCUUCUUCCCCUCCUCUCUCCCUCUCCACUCCCCCCCUCCACUCCCUUUCUCUCCCUCACCCCCACCCCCCUUCUCUCCCCUCCCCCCCCAUCUUCCCUUCCCAUCCCCCUCCCCCCUGGACCUCCCCAUUUUCUCCCUCCUCCCCACUCAGGGCCCUUCUCUCUCUCUCCCCGUCCCCCAUAUUUCUCUCCUCCUCCCACUCAACUCCCUUUCUCUCUCUCUACCUCCCCACAUUUUCUCUCCCUCCCCUCCCACUCAACCCUUUUUCCUCCUCUACCCCCCACAUUUCUCUCCUCCUCCUCCCCACCCCUCAUCCCUCACUAAAACCCCCUAACUAACCCAUAAACCCCCCCCACAUUCUCUCUCCUCCUCCCCACUCACCUCUUUCUCCUCUUAAACCCCCCCCACCAUCUCUCUCCCUCCCCCCUACCCCCUCCUCCCCCAUCUACCCCUCCCCCUCUUCUCUCCUCUAACCCCCACAAAUUCUCUCUCCUCCUCUCACCCUCUCUCCUCUCAAUCUCCCCACCCCUCCCCACCUCAUCUCCUCCCUCCCCACUCACACUCUUCUCUCUUCUCCAAACCUCUCCCCUCUACCACAUCUCUUCUCUCCCACCUCCCCACAUUAUCUCUCCCUCCUCCCCACUCACUCCCUUCUCUCUCUCUACCUCCCCACAUUCUCUCUCCCUCCUCCCCACUCACUCUCUUCUCUCCCUCUACCGCCCCACAUUCUCUCUCCCUCCUCCCCACUCACCCUCUUUCUCUCUCUCUACCGCCCCACAUUCUCUCUCCCUCCUCCCCACUCACCCUCUUCUCUCCCUCUACCUCCCCACAUUCUCUCUCCCUCCUCCCCACUCACCCUCUUCUCUCCCUCUACCGCCCCACAUUCUCUCUCCCUCCUCCCCACUCACGUUCAUGUUGAUAUGUUAAUGGCCUGUGUGUCAUCUCCCAUUGGUCAAUUCUCUCUCUCCCUCUGUUCCUAUAGGAUGAAAAUGCGACGUCACAGAGUGUUCUUGCUGUGCACAGUGGGCCUGUGUGUCAUCUCCUUCCUCCACUAUUACAAGGUAAUAUAUAUAUAUUGUUAUGUGUACAGUAUAGCCUACAGAUGUAGGAUCUUAAUUUGAUCACUCUUUUGCUGCUGAGAAUUUUCCUGUCCCGCAGGAAAUGCAGAUGAGCACUGGAUACCUGCUCUAACACACGGUUAUAUUAACACUAUUCCACUUUUUAUGUUGCCUCAUUUUGACUAGCCAACCACUGAUCGACAUUAUGGACUAAACUUUUAAAUUCUGUUGCUUCAGAAUUAUUUUUGCUGUGACAAUCCGGGUCAAAUUAAGAUCUUUAUAUUGUAUAUAUUGUAUGUAUUUUAAAUGAAAUUGCAUGUGAAGUGCCAAUGUACCGACAGUCUUUCCCAAGCUGUCUAUUGUUGCUCAUGUAAUAACAAGGACAACAAUGGAAAUAAGUUGCCUGACGUUGUGUUUCCUCAAUCACUUUAAUGUGUGUAUAGUUGUAUAAAUAGUUGAGGCAAUUAUCUUUUUUUUUUUUUUUACAUUUGUCAAAUAAAAUUAAUUAAUGAAUUCACAAUGCCAAAAUGCAAGUUCCUAGGGGGAAAAUGAGGUAAUAAUGUAGUUGUUGUUGAUAAAGUCAUUGUAUUCUAUUUGUUCCAGGCCCUGCAUUACGUCUCCCUGCUCAAGGAGCUGUCGGCCCCGUACCCCAACAUCAAGUCCUUCAUCAUGGUGACAGGCUUCUUCUGGAGGGAGGGGGGGGCCACACCGUUAACGUUGGUUGCCUCGUCGUCUGACUUCGCUGCCUCGCAGGAGGAAGGACCUCCGCCCGCCCUCAGGUGUGUGUUGGAGGGAUGAGGUGGGGGGGGGGGGGGGGGGUCAGUGUGUGUGUUUGUGUUUGUGUUGAUGUUGAUGUUUUUGUACGACAGACAUGGAAACUGCUGAUGUCAUAGGGCUUUGUAAAUACUUUUGAUUAAUUGAUGACAACAUUACCUUUCUGACCAACAUGGCAUUUCUGUUUGUUCCAGGCCCUCGGACACCAAUCCACGGAUAGUAGGGCCUAUAAGCCCUGGGGGAGGGGGUGGAGGAGGUAGAGAAGGGGGGGUAGGGAUAGUAGGAAGAGGGGGACUGGAGAUGAGGCUGAGAGAGGAACCUGCUGCGCCUCAACCAUGGGGUCUACCAGAGGAACCCAGACACAGGGACACGGAUACCAACGAGGUGAGACAGUUUGGUUGACUGGUCUGUUGUUUAACAUGUCUUGUCUGUGACUUUGCAGGUUUGACUAAUCUCUACACUGUGUUGACUACGCUGCCGUGAGUAUGAGCUGCAUACUGUAGAUCUAGCAGUCUUAGAAACUGUUCUCAAGUCAAUGUUCAUACCUGGUCAUUGAAGUGCUAGGGAGCCUGGGAUAUCUCCUGCCAGAUGUAUUGACUACUCACUGCUGGGAUGUGUUUGAGGUUCUUAGACGAGGGUGAUGGCUAAAUGUUAGCUGUGUAUUAGAAACCCUCCUCAAGGCAAUGAUCAGGCCUGGGCCUGUAUCCACAAAGCGUCUCAGAGCAGUAGUGCUGAUAUUGGAUCAGGUCCCCACCUGUCCAUAUAAUCGUAUUCAUUAUGAUAUGAAAGGUUAAACUGAUCCUAGAUCAGUACUCUUACUCUGACACACUUUAUGAAUACAGGCCCUGGCCAUAAAAGUGCUUUGGAACCUGUGAUAAGAAAGAGUGUCUUAUAAACGGUUCUCAAGGCCGCUAUCAUCAGUAGUCUACCUCCAGUCAAUACACCAUUAUCAUCAGUAGUCUACCUCCAGUCAAUACACCAUUAUCAUCAGUAGUCUACCUCCAGUCAAUACACCAUUAUUAUCAGUAGUCUACCUCCAGUCAAUACACCAUUAUCAUCAGUAGUCUACCUCCAGUCAAUACACCAUUAUCAUCAGUAGUCUACCUCCAGUCAAUACACCAUUAUCAUCAGUAGUCUACCUCCAGUCAAUACAUAAUUAUCAUCAGUAGUCUACCUCCAGUCAAUACAUCAUUAUCAUCAGUAGUCUACCUCCAGUCAAUACAUCAUUAUCAUCAGUAGUCUACCUCCAGUCAAUACACCAUUAUCAUCAGUAGUCUACCUCCAGUCAAUACACCAUUAUCAUCAGUAGUCUACCUACAAUCCAAACAUCAAGGCUCUUCCUUUGAAAUAAAACAGACGCUUUUUGUCCCCAUGUCAGGAGUGAAGCUUAAUGGAAUCUGAGUCAUUGCAUGUCAACAAAGUAGCAGUUAACACUAAGGGCUCUAUUCAAUCCGUAUCGCAGAAGUUCAGCGUUACAGCGUGAUUGAAAUUUAAAGGCAAUGUUCCCGCAUUAGCGGAGACUGCGUUCACGGUAAAUGCUGCAUAUGUUGGCUCAAUCGGGAAUAUCAUAACCCUUCAGCGAUACAGAAUGAAAAGAGCCCUAAUAAAGUUUCUCUAGAUUGAUCUGUGAGGACAAGUAAAGUGCUAAACAGUCCCCUCUUUGUCUUGUCUUCCUCAGGAGCGUGAAGGUGAGGACCUCCACUUCAAGCCCUGGUACCCCAGCCACCCAGCCCACCCUGUCAGACCUGACGCCCCAGAGGACAAGGCCUCGGCUAGGGUCAAAGACCAGGUGGCGACCCCCAAGGCUCCAUCCCCGGACCCCUUAGAAACCCUGGGCGACAUCCACACCCGCACGCACCAGCUCCAGGACGACCCCACCUCCUACUUUGUCCGUACGAAAGCCGGAGCCCUCUGCUUCCGCCAGGGGACAGAGGUCGCCACCCCCAGGGAUGACGCGGCUCGACCAGGGGGGCCUGUGGUGACUGGUACUGGGAUAGGAUCUCGAGCAGGCUCCCCUGGGCAACGUAAGCCCCUGGCGGUCCUGAACCAAUCCAACCAACAACCACUCCAUCCGUCAUCCUCCGGCACCUCCACGCCUCCCAAGGCCAAAUCAAGAGGACGAGGAGGCAAACGUCUGGUAAAAUGUGUGUGUCGGCCAGGGUGGCACGGACCCUACUGUGGGGUACCUACCAUGGUCUACCACUCUAACCUGCCCACUAAGGAGAGACUGACGCCCAGAGAGAGACCCAGGAGGGUGAUCAAUGCCAUCAACGUGAACCAUGAGUUUGAUCUUCUUCACGUGAGGUUCCAUGAGUUGGCCCAGGCUGUGGAUCUGUUCCUGGUGUGUGAGUCUAACUUCACCGCCUAUGGAGAGAGACGACCACUACGGUGAUUGGACAUAGCUAUAUAUACGUCUGUCUGUCUGUCUUGCUGGCUUUGUGUAUGUUUGCCUUUCCAACUUCACCGCCUAUGGAGAGAGACGACCACUACGGCGAGUGGGCAGGAUGAUGAGAUGGCUGGCUGUCUGUUUGUCCAUCUGGCUGUCUGUCUGUCCAUCUGGCUGGCUGGCUGGCUGUCCAUCUGGCCGGCUGUCUGUCUGUCUGUCCAUCUGGCUGGCUGUCUGUUUGUCCAUCUGGCUGGCUGGCUGGCUUUCUGUCUGUUUGUGUGUCUGUCUCUCUCCUGAAAGACUCAUUUAAGCAUAUCUGUUGACACACUGUCUGUAUCUGUCCCUCUCUCCCUCCCUCCAGGUUCCUGCGUCUCCUCCUGAAUGGCACCUACGACUACGUGCGCCACAAAAUCAUCUACGUUUUCCUAGACCACUUUCCAGAGGGCGGGCGCCAGGAUGGCUGGAUCGCUGACGACUACCUCCGCACCUACCUGACCCGCGACGGCAUGGCCAGGGUGACCGGAUCACGCCCCGACGACGUCUUCGUCAUCAACGAUGCCGAUGAGAUCCCCGCACGCGAGGGACUGCUUUUCCUCAAGCUGUUCGACGGGUGGACGGAACCGUUCGCCAUCCACAUGAGGAAGUCCCUCUACGGGUUCUUCUGGAAGCAGGUAGCCUAUAGGGUUAGAGGUUACAGGUGCUUGGCUUGUUAACAGAAGGUUGCCGGUUCGAAUCCCAGACCAGGCACGAAAAAAAUAUAUCCUGUGUAAUCAGGUUUUUCUUAUCUUGUGUUCUCUUUUUUAAAUCCUUUUUUGUGGCAUCCAAUUGGUAGUUACAGUCUUGUCCCAUCGCUGCAACUCCCCUACAGACACAGGAGAGGCAAAGGUUGAGAGUCGUGCGUCCUCCGAAACACAACCCAACCAUACCGCACUGCUUCUUGACACAAUGCCCGCUUAACCCAGAAGCCAGCCGCACGAAUGUGUCGGAGGAAACACUGUACAACUGGCGACCGAGUCAGCGUGCACUGCGCCCGGCCCGCCACAGGAGUCGCUAUAGCGCGAUGGGACAAGGACAUCCCUGCCGGCCAAACCCUCCCCUACCCUGGACGACGCUGGGCCAAUUGUGUGCCGCCCCAUGGGUCUCCCGGUCGCGGCUGGCUGCGACAGAGCCUGGACUCGAACCAGAAUCUCUAGUGGCACACUGGCACUGUGAUGCAGUGCCUUAGACCACUGCACCACUCGGGAGGCUUAUCUUGUCUUCUCUAAGGGAAUUUGAGCCGACUACUAGAGGGUUGUUAGUGACAGAUCCUAGAAAGAUAAGCUCUCUUGUUGUUGUGCCCUUAAGCUAAGCACUUAACCCCCUGAAACUGCUCACCGGUGUGUGUAUGUGUGUGUAUGUAUCGGAGAGGUUGUGUGUAUGUGUGUGUAUGUAUCGGAGAGGUUGUGGGUAUGUGUGUGUAUGUAUGUGUAUGUAUCGGAGGGGUUGUGUGUAUGUGUGUGUAUGUAUCGGAGAGGUUGUGUGUAUGUGUGUGUAUGUAUCGGAGAGGUUGUGGGUAUGUGUGUGUAUGUAUCGGAGAGGUUGUGUGUAUGUGUGUGUAUGUAUGUGUAUGUAUCGGAGGGGUUGUGUGUAUGUAUCGGAGGGGUUGUGUGUAUGUAUGUUUCGGAGAGGUUGUGUGUACAGUGCAUUCGGAAAUUAUUCAGACCCCUUGACUUUUUCCACAUUUUAUUACGUUACAGCCUUAUUCUAAAAUUGAUUAAAUUGUUUUUUUCCUCAUCAAUCUACACACAAUACCCCAUAAUGACAAAGCAAAAACAGGUUUUUAGAAAUUUUAGCAAAUCUAUAAAAAAUAAAAGAACAGAAAUAUUACAUUUACAUAAGUAUUCAGACCCUUUACUCAGUACUUUGUUGAAGCACCUUUGGCAGCGAUUACAGCCUCAAGUCAUCUUGGGUAUGAUGCUACAAGCUUGGCACACCUGUAUUUGGGGAGUUUUUCCCAUUAUUCUCUGCAGAUCCUCUCAAGCUCUGUCAGGUUGGAUGGGGAGCGUCGCCUGACUAGCCUCCCAGUCCCUGCCGCUGAAAAACAUCCCCAUAGCAUGAUGCUGCCACCAACAUGCUUCACCAUAGGGAUGGUGCCAGGUUUCCUCCAGACGUGACGCUUGGCAUUCAGGCCAAAGAGUUCAAUCUUGGUCUCAUCAGACCAGAGAAUCUUGUUUCUCAUGGUCUGAGAGUCCUUUAGGUGCCUUUUGGCAAACUCCAAGCAGGCUGUCAUGUGCCUUUUACUGAGGAGGGGCUUCUAACUGGCCACUCUACCAUAAAGACCUGAUUGGUGGAGUGCUGCAGAGAUGGUUGUCCUUCUGGAAGGUUCUCCCAUCUCCACAUAGGAACUCUGGAGCUCUGUCUGAGUGACCAUAGGGUUCUUGAUCACCUCCCUGACCAAGGCCCUUCUCCCUCGAUUGCUCAAUUUGGCCGGGUGGCCAGCUCUAGGAAGAGUUGGUGGUUCCAAACUUCUUCCAUUUAAGAAUGAUGGAGGCCACUGUGUUCUUGGGGACCUUCAAUGCUGCAGAAUGUUUUUGGUACCCUGCCCCAGAUCUGUGCAUCGACACCAUCCUGUCUCGGAGCUCUACGGACAUUUCCUUCGACCUCAUGGCUUGGUUUUUGCUGUCAACUGUGGGACCUUAUAUAGACAGGUGUGUGCCUUUCCAAAUCAUGUCCAAUCAAUUGAAUUUACCACAGGUGGACUCCAAUCAAGUUGUAGAAACCUCUCAAUGAUGAUCAAUGGAAACAGGAUGCACAUGAGCUCAAUUUCGAGUCUCAUAGCAAAGGGUCUGAAUAUUUAUGUAAAUAAGGUAUUUAUUUGUAAUUCUUAAUUUUUUGCAAACAUUUCUAAAACCUGUUUUUGCUUUGCCAUUAUGGGGUAUUGUGUGUACAUUGAUGAGGAACAAUUUUUAUUUAAUCCAUUUCAGAAUAAGGCUGUAAUAUAACAAAAUGUGGAAAAAGUGAAGGGGUCUGAAUACGAAUGUGAGUGUGUGUGUAUCGGAGGGGUUGGGUGUAUGUGUGUGUGUAUCGGAGGGGUUGGGUGUAUGUGUGUGUUAAUGUGAGGGGUUGGGAGUAUGUAUGGGUUAAUGUGAGGGGUUGGGUGUAUGUGUGUGUUAAUGUGAGGGGUUGGGAGGAUGUAUGGGUUAAUGUGAGGGGUUGGGUGGAUGUGUGUGUUAAUGUGAGGGGUGGAUGUGUUUGUUAAUGUGAGGGGUUGGUGGAUGUGUUUGUUAAUGUGAGGGUUGGGUGGAUGUGUUUGUUAAUGUGAGGGGUUGGGUGGAUGUGUGUGUUACUGUGGGGGUUGGGUGGAUGUGUGUGUUCAUGUCGGGGUUGGUGGUGUGUUGUUCUGUGCGGGUUGGGUGGUUGUUGUGUUCAUGUGCGGGUUGGGUGGUGUGUGUGUUCUGUGGGGUUGGGUGGUGUGUGUGUUCCUUGCGGGGUUGGGUGGCUGUGUGUGUUCUGUUGGGGUGGCUGUGUGUGUUCUGUGCGGGUUGGGUUGUGUGUGUGUUCCUGUGCGGGUUGGUGUGUGUGUGUUCUGGGGUUGGUGCUGUGUGUGUUCUGUGCGGGGUUGGUGGCUGUGUGUGUUCCUGUGCGGGUUGGGUGCUGUGUGUGUUCCUUGCGGGUUGGGUGCUGUGUGUGUUCCUGUGCGGGGUUUGGUGGCUUGUGUGUUCCUGUGCGGGUUGGGUGCUGUGUGUGUUCCUGUGCGGGGUUGUGGUGUUGCUGUGGUUCGUGCGGGUUUGGGUUGGUGUGUGUGUUCUGUGCGGGGUUGGGUGGCUGUGUGUGUUCCUGUGCGGGUUGGGUGGCUGGUGUUUUUGUUCUCCUGUGCGGGGUUGGGUGCUGUGUUUUGUUCCUGUGCGGGUUUGGUGGCUUGUUGUGUUCCUGUGCGGGUUUUGCUUGUUGUGUUCCUGUUGCGGGGUUGGGUGGCUGUGUUUGUUCCUGUGCGGGGUUGGGUGGCUGUGUUUGUUCCUGUGCGGGUGGUGCUGUGUUGUGUUCCUGUGCGGGUUGUGGUGGCUGUGUGUGUUUCCUGUGCGGGGUUGCUGUGUGUGUUCCUGUGCGGGGUUGGGUGGCUGUGUUGUCUGUUCCUGUUGUCGUGUUGUUUGUGGUGGCUGUUUUGUUUUUGUUCCUGUGCGGGGUUGCUGUGUGUGUUCCUGUGCGGGGUUGGGUGGCUUUGUGUUUUGUUUCUGUUUUUUGUCGGGUUUGCUGUGUGUGUUUCCUGUGCGUUGGGUUGUGUUUGCUGUGUGGUGUGUUCCUGUGCGUGGGUUGUUGUGUUGUGUGUUGUUCCUGUUGGGUGCUGUGUGUGUUCCUGUGCGGGUUGGGGGCUGUGUGUUGUUCCUGUGGCGUGUGUGUUGUGGUUGGCUGUGUGUGUUGUGUGCUUGUGGUGAGGUUGGUGGCUGUGUGUGUUUGUGUGGGUUGGUUGUGUGUGUGUUUUGUGGUGUUGUGGUUGGUGUGUGUGUUCCUGUGGGGGGUUUGGGUGGGUUGUGUGUUAAUGUGAGGGGUGGUUGUGUGUGUUGUGGAGCGUGUGGGUUGCUGUGUUGUGUUCCUGUUCGGGGUUGGGUGGAUGUGUGUUCCAAUGUGAGGCGUUGGGUUGAUGUGUGUGUUAAUGUGAGGGGUUGGGUGGAUGUGUGUGUUAAUGUGAGGCGUUGGGUUGAUGUGUGUGUUAAUGUGAGGGGUUGUGUGCAGCAAAACACAUAUUCCGUUUCUAAAUUCUGUCUCAAUAAAGUAUAAUAUUCUUGUUCUAGCUGGGGUCGUUGGAGGUCGUGUCGGGGUGCACGGUCGGGAUGCUCCGAGACGUCUACGAUGCCGAUGGGAUACGUCUCCGCCGCCGGGAAUACUACACCAUGCCCGGCUUCAGGAAGUACGAGAACGACACGGGUCACAUCCUGGUCCAGUGGGCCGUUGGAAGCCCCUUCCACUUCGCUGGGUGGCACUGUUCUUGGUGCUUUAGCCCUGAGGGCAUCCAUUUUAAGCUGAUCUCGGCCCAGAACGGGGACUUUCCGCGUUGGGGUGACUACGAGGACAAACGGGAUCUGAAUUAUAUUCGGGACCUGAUCCGGACAGGGGGUUGGUUCGAUGGAUCGGUGCAGGAGUACCCCCCCUCGGAACCCAAAGAGCACAUGUACGCCCCAAAGUAUAUGUUGGAGAAUUAUGAGAAGUACCGAUACCUUCUGGAGAACCCGUAUGUCUAACAUGAUACAAUUAUUGAGGGGUAGCGAAUUCGGGGGGGGGGGGGGGGGGGGGGAGAAUUGAAGGAAGUGAAUGGGUAAGGAAGGAGGGCCCCUAGGACUCACAAUGGGGAGGGAAUUAGCACUCUUUAUGGGGGAAGGAUACAAAAGGUAGGAAAGCACUGAUGCGGAAGGUUACAGAAGGAAGGAAAGCACUGAAGUCGGAAGGAUACCUAUCGCAAGCUCCAAACAGUCCUUAUUUUGGGGUAAAAGGGAACAGUGGAACAGCUUUGGGGGGAAACGACCACUGACUACUGACAAAAUAGUCCCUCCUAGAAAUGCUCUCUAUAUCAACCUCCAACCCUCACCUACUACUAUCCCAGUUCUGACUGACAGACAGGCCUAUAUCCAGGGUUGGUACGGUGGGGCCAGAGGGACAAAACAGGCAAAUCACAAACCUGUGGAAAAAGGAAGCAAAAGAUGACAUUUUUGUUUCUGUUGAUGUUUACUUCAUCAUAUCGUCAUAGCGACACAGACACUCCCUCAUCCUAUCGCGGAAUUCUCACUCACUGUUGGAUAUCUUCCUGUUGUGUCUUUAGUGACUCCCUGCUAACACACACACACACACACACACACUUUCUCCUCUCAUCAUAUGUGAGUUAGAUCUAGUGCAGUCUACAGUGUAUUGCUUUCCUAUGGUUAAUAUUUUGGCUUGCUUGCAAAUGAACUGACGAGAAAAAGCCUGAAUCGUUGUAGAAACUCUUGGUUAACUUUACACACAUGGAACGGGACUUCUGCUUCAGUUGCUGCAAACCACUAACACUCUGUGAGAUGUGUGUGUGUGAGAGUGUUUAUGUGUUCAUCUGUGUGUGUGCGCAUGCGUGUGCACAGGGGUGUGUGAUCCUGAAAGGUCAGAACACAAUAUGUGUGUGUGUAUAACUGGGUUACAGUCUCCAUCUGUAGACAGACAGACAGCUCGGAAUGAAUUCUGAAGUGAUGUCAUCUCCAUAGCCUUUUGUGCAGCACAGCAGGAGGUGUAUUGUUGUUCUAUGUGGCCUAUAAAGAAAAAGAUUUGAAAAACCUGGUUGACUCUCUCUCUCUUUCAGUUUCUCUCCUUUGCCUUCUCAACUGCAUCCUUCUCUCCCCGUCUCCCUCCCCUCUGUCCCUCUCUCCCUCUCUCUCUCUCUCUCUCUCUCUCUCUCUCUCUCUCUCUCUCUCCUCUCUCUCUCUCUCUCUCUCUCUCUCUCUCUCUCUCCCCUGUUCCUUGCUCUCUUGCUCGGUCCGGUAAAAAAAAAAGGUCACUUGACUUCUCGAGCAGAAAUGUGCCGCCCACGUUGCCAUGGUAAUGAGAGAGAGGGAGGAAGGGGUGGAGGAAAGGGAGGAGAGGGAAGUGAGAAAGGGGGGAUGAGGGCUGAGGGAGGAGGUUGGGCUGCGUUCAAGUUAGGUCGCUGAGUCCUUAGAGAGAAAGGGAAGGAAAUCUAGAGCAACACUGUGUGUGUUCCCUUGUGUUUUAUCCUCAGGACAAUGAAACUUAAGAAAAUGUAGUUUAUUCCCCUGACUCAUUUAUCUCCCUUCUCUCUCUCUCUCCCUCUCUCCCUCUCGCCCUUCUCUUUCUGUGUGUCUCUGUAUCUCAUUCCUUCUCCCUGCUUCCUCCUAUCUCUCCAUCUCUCCCUACAGUCCCUAUUGCAUAGAUAGAUCAUGGCACCUGAUCAUGCCUACUCUUGACUAGGCACGUCUCACUAGAGCCCAGCCCCAGCUCUCUCUCUCUCUCUGAUGUUACCGUGGUGAUGCCCUGCCCCUGCAACAGAUGGAUCCCUUAUGGCGGUAAACAGAACACAUGGUGGGCAUUUUGACGAUGUCAUAUCCUAGUCCGAGACAGAGAUAAAGAAUGAUUGAUUAUAGUAAGAUAGGAUGCGUCCCAAAUGGCAUCCUAUUCCCUACAUAGUGCACUAUGGGCCCUGGUCAAAAGUAGUGCACUAUAUAUGGAAUAGGGUGUAAUUUGGAACACAUAGAUUCCAGGAAAUAUACUGUGAGUUUGGUUACACCCUCAGAUUCAAACAGAUAAAUUAGCAAAGAUAACACAACGUCUACUGUACCAGGAAUAGAACGACAUUGAUUUUGACCCUGAAUCUGGAUCCUAUCGGUUUUCCAUAACUCCCACAUUCUCUUAGGUCAUCUUAGGAAGUAGAGUGAGAACGGCCAUUUUACUGCAGGCUCUUUUCCAUUGGGCUCUGUUCCAAUCUGGCCCUCAUACCAUCACGGUCACCUAAUCAUCCCCAGCUUCCAAUUGGCUCAUUCGUCCCCCCUCCUCUCCCCUGUAACUAUUCCCCAGGUCGUUGCUGUAAACGAGAAUGUGUUCACAGUCAACUUGACUUUAAAUAAAUCCAGAAUAAAGAGAUAGCCUAGACCUAACAGCACAGCUGUGACUUAAGGUGGCCAAACUAACACACCACCUCUAUCUAACCUGGUGUAGUGUAGUGUGGGAUGGUAACACCACCUCUAUCUACCUGGUGUAGUGUGGGAUGGUAACACCACCUCUAUCUACCUGGUGUAGUGUGGGAUGGUAACACCACCUCUAUCUACCUGGUGUAGUGUAGUGUGGGAUGGUAACACCACCUCUAUCUACCUGGUGUAGUGUAGUGUGGGAUGGUAACACCACCUCUAUCUACCUGGUGUAGUGUAGUGUGGGAUGGUAACACCACCUCUAUCUACCUGGUGUAGUGUAGUGUGGGAUGGUAACACCACCUCUAUCUACCUGGUGUAGUGUAGUGUGGGAUGGUAACACCACCUCUAUCUACCUGGUGUAGUGUAGUGUGGGAUGGUAACACCACCUCUAUCUACCUGGUGUAGUGUAGUGUGGGAUGGUAACACCACCUCUAUCUACCUGGUGUAGUGUAGUGUGGGAUGGUAACACCACCUCUAUCUACCUGGUGUAGUGUAGUGUGGGAUGGUAACACCACCUCUAUCUAACUGGUGUAGUGUAGUGUAGUGUGGGUGGUGGGGUGGUUAGCCGCUAGCGCAGAAGGAAAGUGUGAUUCUCUCUAUAUAUAUUAAUUCUCUAUUCCCUCCAUUCAUAGUUGAGUCAUUAGAUAUAAUGAUUAAUACAAUGUGAUCUGGGACUUCCAAGGAACUUUCCAGCCCAGGUGGGUGUGUUGUGUGUUUAGUCCCCGUCGUGAUGCACUUGGGUUAGCUCCGCCCUCAGUCUCCCUGUCUGGCUCUGGCUCUGGCUCUGGCUCUGUCUGGGGCUGGCUCUGCACAUCUGGUUUCAAGUGUGUGUGUGUGUGUGUGUGUGUGUGUGUGUGUGUGUGUGUGUGUGUGUGUGUGUGUGUGUGUGUGUGUGUGUGUGUGUGUGUGUGUGUGUGUGUAUGAGUCAUUGCCAGAUAAGGUGUCUGUCUGGACUAUGUCACUUCACGGAACUGUUAUUAUACCCCGCAUCAUCAUGGUGAAGGUUGUCCUCAGAAAUUCAAAAACUUCAAAUCCAUUUAAAAUCCCUGGGUUUUCUGAGAUAGCAGUCUGCCAGAGUUUGAUUAGUGCACUAUAUAGGUAAUAUAGUGUCAUUUGGGAUGCACCUCUAGUCAGGUGGGAGUCAGAUGAAGGAAAGGGAGAGAGAGUGGUAGGAAAGGAGGGGGGGAGAGAUCAUUAUGAUAUCCUUGUUUGUUAUUGAUUAAAUAUGUUCCUGACUGUACUCUCACCAUGGUAAUGUAAGAAUCUGACAUGCCAACAAAGCUCAUUGAAUUGAAUUGAGAGAGAGAGGUGAGGAGCUGGAACCAUAUCGUCAUUUCAAAAGAAGACGGGUUGAUAAAUGAGAUAUAUUCAAAUUGAGGAAAGAGCGAGGGAUGGAAGGAGAGUGUGUUUUUAAAUGGAGACAGUUAGAUCUACAACACUCUUCUGGCUGCUGCUACUAUCAGCCCAAGAGUUGCUCCCUUCCCCAAUGUGUCUGUGUGUGUGUGUGCGUGCGUGUGUGAGGAAUGGAGGGGGAGAGGUCUGGGGUUCAGGGGUCAGUCACAAUGGUUCUUUAUUUCUUUCUUCCCUCCCUCUCUCUCCCUUCAUGUGGAAUGUCCCCUCUCUCUCCCUUCUCCUUCCUUCCUUCCUUCCUUCCUUCCUUCCUUCCUUCCUUCCUUCCUUCCUUCCUUCCUUCCUUCCUUCCUUCCUUCCUUCCUUCCUUCCUUCCUUCCUUCCUUCCUUCCCUCUCUCUCUCUCUCUCUCGCUUUCGUUCUCUCUCUCUCUUUCCCUCCCUCCCUCCCUCCAACCCACCCACCCUCACUCUCUCUCUCUCUCUCUCUCUCUCUCUCUCUCUCUCUCUCCCCCUCUCCCUCCCUCCCUCCCUCCCUCCCUCUCUGCUAUCCCUGGUUCUUGUCAUAGUGAUGGCGUGGUCUCUGUUGUGGCAGCCAUUGUUGCUGUUUGUGCUAAUGCAAUAAUCCAUCCAAUUACUCCUCUGUUGUCUUAUGUAAACAAAGAAGAGAGCGGGGAAGAGACAGAAAGAAAGAGAGAAAGAAAGAGAUGAUACAUUUGAGCUCUGAGGAGAGAUAGGCAUGCAAUCAUGCAGUUAAAUCUAAGAUAUGUGUUCCAAGAGUGUGUUCGCUUGUAUGUGCAUGAGUAUGUGUGCUUCAUAUGACGCAUUGGAAAAUGGCUCUAGGAUGAUAUUAUGGUCCCUACGUCUGAGCCUGCGUCAUCACUGGUACAUGUGUAUUACGCUACUAGGCUAUAACCUUCAGCCCAAAUGGCACCGUAUUCCCUAUUUAGGGCACUUCUUUUGACCAGGACCCAUAGGGAAUAGGGUGGGAUGCAGACAUGGAAACAUGACCUGCCCUAGCUACCUUAUCUUAUUCAAACAUUGACCUAAGCCUAAUAUUGUUUAUGUAUUAUCCACCAUUUAAUGGACUAGUGGUUUAAACAACAGAUAUAUCCAUUAGUGCGUCAGGCAUAUUGUGUGCACCUCAAAUGGCACCCUAUUCCCUACGUCGUGCACUACUUUUGACCAGAGCCCUAUUUCGCCCUGGUCAAAAAUAGUGCACUAUAUAGAGAAGAGCGAGCCAUUCGGGACUCAGACAUCAUAUCUGGUUUGGGAUGACUGGAGAUGUAAUAUCCUUCACUGAAAUAUAUUAUUUCAUGGCUGUCUGAUGACAGGGUUUGUGUAAUGGGCCAAAAGCUGUGCGGAAUAUCAGCCGUAUGUCUGUCUACGUUCCAAGUAGCACUCUAUCCCCCUAUAUACCCCAUGGGCCCUGGUCAAAAGUAGUGCACUUUGAAGGGAAUAGGGUGUCAUUUGGGAAACAGUUGCUGUCUCUAGCACUCAUAUUCAUAUCACAGACAGUUUAUAUCAGGACAGAAUGUUGUCCUGAAGGGGGAGAGAAAGACAAGGAAGGAUAGAGGGAGAGAGAGAGGGAGAGAGAGAGAGAGAGAGAGAGAGAGAGAGAGAGAGAGAGAAGGGUAGAACCAGGAGGCCAUAUGCUGUGUCACCACAGAUCAAAGAGUGUCGACAUUGGAGAAUCAGAGCGACAGAUGGACUCUCAGUCACACACACACACAAACACACACACACAAACGCAUAAAAACAGACACAGACACACACACACACACACACCACCUGGCCGUUGAUCACAUGCCCUUAGUAGUGAGCGGGAGUAUUGUGUGUGUGUUUAACCCUGCAACCUUAAUUCCACCUGUGCUUGGCUGCUCACUCACCCAACCGUCCCUUAGACACAGAGUCCUUAGUGCCAGAGCUGCUGGACUGAGACAGAGAGAGAUUGAGGAUUGAAUGGAGAGAGAGAUUGAAGGAGAGAGAAGGGGGGAGGGGAUGGAGAGAGAGGAGAAGGAGGAGGAGAGAGCGAGUCUCCAGUCAGUAAGGAUCACAGAGAGAGAGAGAGGACGAGAGAAGAGAGAUAGAUAGAGAGAUCGAGCGAGAGACUAUCUAGUAGAUAGCUCUCUUGCUUCAUCUCUCUCCUCUCUUCGCUCUCUCUCUCUCUCUCUCUCUCGUCUCGCUCCGCUCUCUCCUCUCUCUCUGAUUCUCUCUCUCUCCGUCUGCUUUUUCGCUCUCUCCUCUCUCCCUCUCUUUCUCCUCCCACACAUGGACAUUGUUCUAUUGACACACUGUGUGGAACUCAAUACAUUAUUUUUGUAUUCUAUUUUGUUACUUUCAUGUGAAACUCAGUCAUGUUGUUUCAUUGAGUUGAGAGAAGGCUGAGAGGGCGGUGUUAUGUUCCUUUGUCUCUGCUUUGCUAUUUUACUUCCUGUCUUUUUUUGGUCCUUUCUUUUUUUUCUGUUCUUUUUUCUUUCUUUUACCUCAGACUUGGCAGCUUGUGGUUUAAUGAUUUUUAA